GCAGUGACUGGAGCGGCGGCGGCGGCAGCGGCGGCAGCGGCAGCUUACAGCCUCAGUGGCAGGAGCAGCAGCAACAGCACCAGCAACAUCUCCUCCACCACCUUCCUUCUCCUCCUCCCUUGGGCCGCAGCGACCUCGAAGGCGACCCCGCCGCAGCCAUGCCGGUGACCGAGAAGGACCUGGCCGAGGACGCGCCCUGGAAGCGGAUCCAGCAGAACACCUUCACCCGCUGGUGCAACGAGCACCUCCGCUGCGUGAACAAGCGCAUCGGUAACCUGCAGUUCGACCUGAGCGAUGGGCUGCGCCUCAUCGCGCUGCUGGAGGUGCUGAGCCAGAAGCGCAUGUACCGCAAGUACCACCAGCGACCCACCUUCCGGCAGAUGCAGCUGGAGAACGUGUCCGUGGCGCUCGAGUUCCUGGAGAAGGAGAACAUCAAGCUGGUCUCCAUCGGUGAGCUUGUGGCGCGCCCGUCGGGGCUGGGCAAAAGAACGGGGACGCCUAGGCGGGCGGGCGGGCGGGCGGGCGGGCUUCCGCGUGUGGCGAGAGCAGCGCUUACGGGCUGCAGGCUGCCUGAGGGAAGCAGCUCAGUUUCUCCAUCCUCGGACCUCUUUAGUUGGGCUUGGUACUUCGUUUCAAACCAGCCGUCCGGGCACCUCUUGUGCCUGGGGGUUACGGCUCAAGGUUUUGGGGGCAAACUCAAACCAGCUCGUCUGUUCGCAGCUGCGGGGAGGUGUCUGAAUUCCUCCCGGCGUGAGGAAGGCAGAAGUGGGGCCAAAGCGCCUGGCAGUGGGUGCCCCGUCGAGUUGCCGCUCCGCUAGAGUAGUGAGCGGGUGGACGGGCGAGGUGGGCGCGGCUCUGCUGCUGAGCGUCUUCCUGAGGCGCCGACGAGCCCCCGGGAGCCCAGCGUGGAGGGAGGCUGUGGGGAGGAGCCGCCCAACCCGACCCUCCCGGGGCGGGUACCUGCCGGCUUGUUGCACCCUGCGAGCUUUGAAACCAGCUCGGCUCUUAGCCUACCGCCCGCAAAGGAGGACCCCUAAGCUAUCUAGAGCCCCCCCCCUCCUUCUCGGUCUCUUAAGUACUGUUGUAAAGCACGCCGGUUGGGAGGAGGAGGAGGAACGCAUGCUCUCUUCCCCCGCCCCAAUUAAUGGUGUCUCCACCAUCUACAAACUGCCCCGUCUCCGGGCUCGCAUUGAACCGUAAACGGGGCCUGAGCCUAAUCCUGGGAAAGCGGAGAAAUGGCUGGCGCUGCUCAGACAGGAUUUCCUGAGGUGCCUCCCUCCCAGCAGGUAGAGCCACUUCCUUUUGGCGGCAAAGACUUCGGUUUCCAUGCUGGAGGUUUCUGAAGGGUGUGCGCUGUAUAAAAGCCCAGUCUCUGAUCUGAGACCAGCUUCUUCUCUGCUUUCCUGGGAGAAGCAGGCAUUGGGCUGCACUUGGUUCCCGUUAAAAAUUAAAGAUGGAAAAAGAGCAGCUGCGGGGCUUGUGGUGAUAGUUUGCAAAGCAGUGCUCUGCCCCUCAAGUAGCAUGUCAGGAAGAAAACCCAGCCGGCCUAAUCAUUUUAUUCUCUGGAGAACGUGGUGUAGCCAAAAUGUGCUGUGCUGUUGGUUCUGUGCACUAAGGAAUGCUAAUAAUUCCUUGUUAAAUUGUUUUAAUACCUUAGCAAGCAUUCUAAAGUGUCUGGAUUUCUAAAAGUGUGACUGUGAUAGUGCAUCUAUUUUGACCAUUAGGAUUUGACAUUAAGACUAAUUUGGUAGAGACUAUUCACACCUAUUUUUUCAGUUGGCACUGCUGUUGAGUCAGCUGUGACCAGGUUCUUGGUUCAAUGGGACAAACUGCAAAAUGAUAGGCUAUGUAUGGUAGUCUGGGUAUACAUAUUUGACACAUCACACCUAUAAGGUGUUGUGCACUAUUAACUAACUUGUCACCUAACAAAGGGAUAGCUGCAGGAAAAUAAAAUCUUGUUGAUUCCUUAAAGACUGACAUCCUGAUGGUAUAAGCUUUCGUGGACUAGCCCACUAGAUUAGAUGCAUGGUGUUAUCCUGAGUUGCAGGUACAUAUGCAGUAUGUGUUGUAGAAUCAAAGUGUGAAAGGAUCUCAGUCAUCUAGUCCAUUCCUCUGCGAAUACAGGAAACUGUAAAACCUGGUUAUUGGGACUCCCUUAAAAAUUGUCCAUGGAUAAUGACACUCCAUAUUUUCUCUUUUGAAGCUGCAUUUUCCCAAGCUUACGAGUUGGGAGGUGGUAGAGAGGGAAGAUACUAGUCAGCUUCAGUCUAGUCAGAAACAAUUUGUAAAGGACUAGAUGGCAUUUCAGAUGCUGUGAUUAAAAGGCUGCCAGUGUCCUAAGCACAACAAACUUCCAAGAUACAGUUGAACUAUAGAAUGGAUAAAUGUAGUCUGAUUACAAUAGCCAUUAAUUGUAUAGAAAGCUCCGCAGCUAAGUACUGUUGCUUUGACUGUGUUUCUAGUGUUUUUUGUGUUGGGAAUCUUUUCUUGCAAAAUACCGAACUUGUAUUAAAGGAGGGAAUAAAUAAUGUAAAAUAGCACUAGGAGAUGUGUCUGGAUAAUAUUGCAUGGAUAGAAUGCCAGCUGAAAUUAUCGAGAGGCUAAACCUGAUGCCUUGUGGACACCUGUAGUGUAUAGCAAGAAUGCAGGAUAUACUUCACAACAGUUGUGUUUGUGAAAACAUGUAGGUAGCAUGAACAAAAUAUUUUACUGUGGCUUAGAAAUGUUAACUAUAAAAAAAGCUUAAAUGGCUUUUUCAGCAGCUGAAGUGACACCAUCAGCGCACCCACUUUUCUGCUGCCAAUCACAAUUCUAAAGUGACACAAAAUUGAACACUUCUGCUUUUAACAGCUGCAUGAACCUUUGCAUGUUUUCUGGGAAGUAAAUCAAAGGGGGAUAAUUGGGAGUGAGUGUGCACAGCCUGUUGGGUCCAUGGAGCAUAAAAACAGGAAGGGGUCUUGCAGAAUUAGGUUUUUACCAAGGCAGGCCCAUACCCUGAGGCAGAAAAGGUGCAUUAUCCAACUUGUCCGUGAAUGUUUAUGGAUGAAGGUUAUGUGAUAUUUAGGGAGGAAAUUAUGCAUCUACUAGCAACUGCCCAUAAUUCCCAUUUUAAGAGCAGAAGUUGCAAAUGUGGUAUCAGUAAAGUGACAAAUACUCUUAAAACAUUUUCACAAAGAUAAACUUAAUUGGCAGGGUUUUUCUGGGCAGAGAUUUCAUCCAUUGGCCAAAACCCAAAACAAAAAAACACUGCCACCAAGCAACUUGGUAACCAUUCUCAAUGAUAGUUUAAUGCUCUCAGUUGCAGAUGCAGCUUUUUUCGAGGCAGUAAUGGAUAUAAUUUGGGAGCACUGAAUGCUACUCUGAACCUCCAACAGAAAUAGUGGGGGCAUGAGUAUAAAGUACAUCAUUUGCAAAUGAAGGCAGCUUUCAAACUUUUAAAAAGAUGGGUUAAUAGCAAGUGGUUCUCAUAGCCAGAUCUUGCUGUGUUCUCUAUUAGCAGCCAAGUAGUAGCACAGAACUGGUGUGUUAACAAGCAAAAGAAAAUAAAACUAAUACCUGCCUGUGGGAGCUGAAAUCUAACUUUCUAACAAUUGUUGCCCUGUUUGGAAGUCUGUCUGAGUUUUAACUGGGGAAGUAACUUAGGUUCUCUCUGCAGUGGUGUCUCUGGAGUAUAGAACUAUGUUAUGAGCAAAACGUGACCUUGAGUUAGAGACCUGAAACAGAACUUCAGAGACGUCCUGUCUGUGUAAAUAGAGUUGAGGCUUCAAGGAAAAGUAUAGGAGAAAAGAAUGUUGGUUCUCUGUAUGUAACCCAUAUGUUUUGAAGCACGGAAACCUUGCUGAGCUCUGAAUCAGACUCCUUGUGGGAAAAUACCUUUGACAGCUGUUGCAAACUUGCUUUUCCAGGGAUUACUUCACUCUGAUUUCUUUUCAGUUUAAAUAUUAACAGCAGAAUAUUGUUGGUGCAUAGCGCCAACAGAAGUAACAAGCAGAAUAAUGUGUACUCCUGCAACUAGUGCUGCUAGUUUCAGAAACCCCAUUAAAAACUGUUGUGGUGGGUGGGGGAAAUUUUGCCUUUCACUAGACAAGGCCCCGCCCGUCCUGUACUGCCCCUGGGAGAUGGCAAGCUGCCUCUUACAAGUUGGUACUCCAAUGUCUGGGCAAAGCAGGAAGUGUUAGGCUCCUGCAUGUGUGGAUUACAGUACAUUCUAUGUAGCAGCCAUAUAUUUGAUUCUAUCGGAUUUAUUGCAACAUGUUUUAAGGAAAGUUUCUGAAAUGUGUGCCCUGGGUGAGCUUAAUGAUAGCUGUGUUCUUCCUCCAUUGUUGAAGGAAGUACGCCUUUGAAUAUCAGUUGGUGGGAGUCAUAGGUGGGGGGGAGUGUUGUUGUGCUCAGGACCUGCUUUCAGAUUUCCCAUAAGCAUCUGGCUGGCCAUUGUGAAAAUAGGAUGCUGGAGCAAGUGCUCUUCCCAAAUAUCCUGAAUUCUCCAAGCUGCUUUAAAUGCUAACAUGUCAUGUCAUCUAAAGAGAGGCAUAAACUUAUCUUCGGGCCAGGGAAUAGCAGAGGUAUAAUUUGGUGGCGGCAUCAUUUUGAUACAUUCCAAAGGAUUAGAGAUCAAAGGAUCAAGCUUUGCUUUACAGCUGCUUUAGCUUCACCUCCUGUGAGGCACAAGCAGGCUGAUGGACUAUCCUCCUUCUUGUAGGUAUUUUGUCACUCAUCAUGGGACAGGAAGGGUCAAAAGUUCCUGUGUGGUCUUGGAAGGCAUUCUGUGCCAUAGCUAGAACUUGAACACGAAAUUCCAUGCAUGUUGCCUCCCAAGUUAAAUCUCACUGAGUUCACUGGACUUUGCCCAGGUAUAGGAUUGCAGCCUAAAGCAAAGUAGGGGAACUUCAGAAUCUCAUGAAGGUUCCACCAGCAUGCAGCUAUACCUCUGAUUUAGUUGCUGGAAUAGGUUAUCUUACAGAAGAAUCACCUUGCUUGAAAUAGGAUUGAGCCUCAGUGUGAUCUAUAAACUUGCAACUUGUUAGGAAGUUCUUACUGAAAUCUUAAGUACAAACAGCCCUACUAAUUUUGCUCCAGGUGUUUAUGUUCCUGAAUCAGAUAAAAUCUGGCAUUGCUAUGGAUAGCCCUGUUCAGCGGUGCUUAGGUCUAAAAUAUCGCAUUUCAAAUAUAAGUGCAUCACAAUAAUCUAAAGAAUACCUUAUUUUGUCACUCUCUUUCUAUAUUACAUUGCAAUACUGAAACCUUAAAUAUUACUGCCCCAAACCUUUCCCUGAAUGAUCAUCUCUCUAGUGUCUUGUAGCUCAUGUCUAGAUGCAGAUUUACGUAAUGAAUUGUUCUCUGCUAAACCGGUAGUGGUAGCUGGAAUUUAGACUCUUACUUAGUAGCAUAUACCUCAAUAUUGAAAGCUGCUUCAGUCAACAAGAGACAUAUGAAUCCUUUUUUGGAAGAUGCAUAGUUAAGCACCUGUAUUUUGGCAGUUAACAUGCAGCUAAUGACUAGCUAUCAAAUUUAAUAACUGAUAUUUUAGUGAACCAUUUUGGUUCAUUUGCCCCAAGCAGGUUCCAAUGUAGCUUUCUUCUUAGGCUCACAAUUGGGUUGCAAAUGAAAGUGUAAGAAGUGGGAAUUGAUCCAAACUUUUAAAAUUGUGAUUGCUGUGUGAUUGAGAGCGCCACUCCUGAAGUACAGGUUAUGAGUGUGCGCCUCAUUCGGUAUAUAUUGCCAGAUCUUUGUGGGAAUUCUUUUCCUUCAGUAAACCUGGCAGGUUUUUUCAUGAGCAAUAAAAUCCUAGUAUAUCGCCUACACUACACUCCUUAAUGAUUCACCCAAGUGAGCAGUUGGGUUGCCUUCAGUCUUGAAUAGUACAAACUGCAGCACUGAAUGCAGUGGUCUGCUGGUGGUAGGAGAUGCAGUUUGGUUUAAUGGCAAAGGCUCAAAGGAAACAUGGAACCAAAUGUCCAUGAGCACUAGUAGACAAAAUGAUUUUUAUUGUCCUGGGUCAGCUUGGAAUUCAGAAGUCUCCUAAUAUAUUCCUUUUUGAGUACCGAUUGUAAUGUGUGCAUAAGUGGAGUGUGAUGGUCUCUUCCGCGACUGAUCAGGGAUUGGAUCCAGACUUCUUUGAUCAGAGUUCCAUUCUGAUGAUGCUUCUGCCGAUGGAAGGGGGGAGCUAUUUCCCCUCCCCAAUGCCCCUGCCCCUGAAGCCUCUAUGCCCCUGCCAAUUGCUCAGAAGGAUUGGGGAUCCUUCAGAAUGCUGUAGGCUGCAAGCAGAAUUGGUGCAAAGGUCUUAUCUCGCCUCCUCCAGUGAAAACCUCCAUUGGAUUGGACAGCAUGUACCACAAGCAGAAGGUGCCAUUGCAUUUGCAGAACUGAAAGUAUUGAUCCAAACCAUAAUCUUUUACCCCCAUCGUGUGGUAGAGGCAAUAGCUCUCUGCAACAUAGGGCAGAUAACUUUUGAAGUAGAAAGGCACUACACCCAUGCUGACUCAGUUUAACAGGAACACUGAUAAGCAAUACUCAGAUGUCACUAUAUGGAGAAAUACUGAACCAAUUCGUGCUAGACAUUCAAUCAUGCAACAGUUGUACUAUUUAUCAGUGGCUCACUAGGGUGUGUGUUUGGGUGUGUGAAUUGAGUUGCAAUUAGUAAUGCUAUUGAAGCAACUUCCUGUCUUCAUGUUGCAGUUCAAGGAACGAACCUGUACUCGAUUUGGGUUUUUUUGGGUGGAGUAGUUCAAAUGAAAUGUUUGAUUUAUGGGUUUCUUUAUAUGCAGUUGUCUCUGUGAACAGAAGUAGUAGCUUUUUAAAUAGAGAGGGUGGUUUCACUGCUGCCAGCUAAUGUCCACACCCCAUGUUUAUAUAUACUCAAAAACCUAGGUAACAGCUAAGCUAGCUACUGUUAUGCAGCAAUAAUUGGCUGUUUUAGGAUGUGGGGACUAGAAACCAGCAUGUUUCUAGUCUGUACAAUGCAGGAACAUACCUUGUGUAAUUGCAGACUCACCCCCAGCCUAGUAUGAUAUUCAUACUGUGGUAAUAUUUUAGUUUCCUCAGGCAAGGAGCGGAGUGAUGAAAGUGUAUGCCUUCGAAUCCUCUUGACAGUGGUUAAUGCACCCUUCUCUGGUCAGGGGAAGAUGGCGUAAUACUUUGAGCAACAUUCCAAAAAAGAUUUCUGCCAUAUCGGGCCCCAGGGUUUGAGUGCCAUUGCCACCCAUUGAACUUGAAAAAUCCAGACCUUCAACACAAAUUCAGUAUUGUCCUUUCUGAGUGGCAAUAGUUUUAUAAGGUCUUGGGCCGAGAGGGCUUCCCCAGUCCUGCAACCUGAAAUUUCUUGCCUAGGGAUGCUGAUGAUUAGAAUUUGGGACUUAGUCACACAAAGCAUGAAGUGCUGGGAGUUGUACAGAAAGCAUGCUUGCCCUUUAGUAUAGAAAAAAAGAAUUUUUCUCUCUCUACUUGUGAGUUGAUAGCUUUGUUCAGGUUGGUGUGUGCAAAGAGGCUUUGGUUGCAAUUAAAAAUGACUCUGCUGGGUGAAAAUGACAUAGAAACCUCAUUGGCAAAUCUUGUUUUGGAGUGUGUGUGAUAGUAUUGGAACUACUGGUGCUUAGAUUGUAGUCUUUAAUCUUGAAAUGGAAGCUUCGUAAUGUACUCAUAAUAAAGGGUGGCAUUGGUAGCUGAAAUACAUGUGUAACCUGAACUUAUAAACAGACUUUGCUUGUUUUGUUUCAAAAAAGCAUGUUCUUCUGUGUCUGCCUGAUCAGAGCAAAUGCUGCAUCUUACAACUUACUGUUGAAAGGAAUGUUGGCAGCUUCCUCCUCCCUCUCCUCCCAUUUUGCAAAUCCUUGCAUAGGAACUAUAAAUGCCUAGAGAUUAUCACAGUGGAAAUGGUGCUGCAAAGCGCAACUCGCCACCUUUGCUCCUAGAACAAUGAUUUAGCAGACAAACUUCCUGAGGAGGAACCUAAGGUUCAAGGAUUGCUUUCUGCCUGUUGACUGACUCCUUAAUCAUCCUUAGUUGAAACUCCGUCUGCUUGAAAAGCCGAGUUACUUAUCUCGGGGCUUUACCGCUGAGUUUCAGCAGGCAUUACUGCUUUAUUGCUAGUGAACACAAGAAUUGUUACUCCUAUGACGUGCUAGGUUUUAAUAAUGGGUGAAAUGUAAAAUCAUUGUAGAUAAAAUUGCUGUGUAGGAGGCGCUUUUUUUUUUGCCCAGCUUAUAGUUGUGUGACACAGGGACAUGAAACACUGACUCACUCUGCCCUACCCCUUGCAAUGACAUGUUUGUGUGAGUGUGCCUGGUUGCCUGGGCAUCUAAAUGUCCUGGUAACUUAGAACAUAUUCCCAGCCCUGGCUAGCUGGGAAGUUAGAAUAAUUCCUGCCCGUAGUAUAUGUAGUGUUGUCUGUUUAGAAGAGCUUGUUUUAAAAUAAGUUUUUAUCAGAAAUUUUAAUGCACAUUUUAUAUUUUAUGUAAUCCUCUUAGAGGUUUGGAUAAAUGCUGAUAUCUAAUGUAUAUAUUUACAAACACACACACAGAGAAUAUGAAUAUGAGGGCAGAUGCAGUUACAAUGAAAGACAACUACCUAAAUGAGGCAUAAAAACAAACCAACAAAGACAGCUGUGUUGGGAUGAAAAAUAUCUCCCAACACCCAUAGCUAUAUAAUACCUUCAUUAGGACAAGCCAGGAAUCAUGAAAUGUGCAAGCUUUCAAGUUCUCCAGAACUCUUAAUCAGGUGAGAUGAGUUUCAAAGCAAGGGAUGGGGAUGGGGAAUAAAAAUUAAAUGGGCUGGGCCUUCAAGUCUAAAGAUGGAGAUUGCAAAAACGAAUUAGCCUGCUAGGUGCUUGCCAGUGUUAUGAUCCUUGCAGGUACAGUAUUCGGUUAAACCUGGAAUUCUGGCAGAAACAAGUGACAACUGCUCCCAUUUUUUUAAAGUAAAGUUUAGCAGCUAUGCAGGCUUCCUCAACCUCAGCCCUCCAGAUGUUUUUGGCCUACAUCUCCCAUGAUCCCUAGCUAGCAGGACCAGUGGUCAGGGAUGUUGGGAAUUGUAGUUUCAAAACACCUGAAAGGCCGAGGUUGAGGAAGCCUGGGCUAUAACUUUAGCUGAGCCAUGAAACUCACGGGGUGACCUUGAGCCAGUCACUGCCUUUCAGCUGAACCUACUUCACAGGGUGGUUGUGGGGGUUAAAUGAGGAGGGGGAGAACCAUGUGCACUACCCUGAUUUCCUUGGAGGAAAAAAGUGGGAUGGGAAUGCAACAAAAUAGAACAGCUUCCAAAUGAGAUGGGCUUAUUGACUUUGGCUGUAAUCUUAUGCAUGCUUACCUAGUUCAAUGGGGCUUACUUCUGAGUAUGCAAAAUCGAGGGUUGCAAACAGAUUCACACUGUUUGCCUCCGCUCUGAAGGUUUUCUCCUGUAAGAGAGAAGCAGGGACAUUUGGGUUUAAUAGACUUGAAAAUCCUCUGAGACCCUUCAACACGACCAAAAAAGAAAGGAGAGAAACUGGCGCUGCUGCUGCUGGCAGUGCAAUCAUGUCAUGUAAAAAUGAACCAUCUGUGCAGAAUUGCGUUGUUAAUCUGAAGAAUGACUGUUGGCAAAGAUGUACUCAAUUCAUCACGUGAAAUAUGCUUCUGUACAGUUCUAGAGAACUGUAGGCCGGGCAUAACUCUUUGGUGCUAUUGAGCUGUCAUAGUGGAGGUAAAAGACCAAGGCUCCUACUGUGAGCCAGGAAAGACUAUUCCUUCUAUCCAGCGUUUGUUUGUGGGUGCUGGGCUUGCUGCUUUGCUGCUCCUGUUUUAAUUGAGCGUUUAAUGGAUUCGCUCUAUACUCCUUUUCUCUGUAAAAGGAAUUGUUAUGUGGAAAAGGUAACCUAUGGCGGGUCAUCUUGAGUUCAGGGCAGGGGUUCCACAAACUUACAUAAGUCACUACAGUGGUACCUCGGGUUAAGUACUUAAUUCGUUCCAGAGGUCCGUUCUUAACCUGAAACUGUUCUUAACCUGAAGCACCACUUUAGCUAAUGGGGCCUCCUGCUGCUGCUGCGCCGCUGGAGCAUGAUUUCUGUUCUCAUCCUGAAGCAAAGUUCUUAACCUGAAGCACUAUUUCUGGGUUACCGGAGUCUGUAACCUGAAGUCUAUGUAACCUGAAGCGUAUGUAACCCGAGGUACCACUGUACUUGCAACUUUAGAUUCAAUUCACACACUGUAGGUAACUUUAACUUGGAGGGGUUUCUCACUUCAUGCUGUGUGUACUGUUUUUGUCUCCCACAAUUCCUCUACCACAGGUGUGGGCAGACUUCAGACUUGGGGGGAAUCUCCUUCAGGGUAUUUUCUGCUGGCAUCUCAAAAUAGUGUCUGUAGGUAGGGUGGGGCUGAAUGUAUCCUAGGGAGCUUCUGAGGGACAUGCUCAGCCCAGGAAUCUGUUUUCAGUACCAGAACUGCUAAUUCCUUGUGUUUCUCUUCUCACCCCCCUUUGCAACUAUAUGAUUUAUUACUCUAAUUUGUUUAGAGGUGCUUUUUUUUGUUGCUGUUGAUAAAGGAAAGUAGGAAAUGCUUGCACCACUGCAAACAGGUCAUAUCUAUCACAACCUGGGAACUUGGGAGGAGUGGGUAGGAUUAAUUAAAAAAACAUUCUAGGCUUUGAGGAAGCUGGCUGCAGCAAGUAUGUUUGCCACUCUUUUCUCCUCCCAACUCUUCCCAUUAAAUACAUGAAGCAACUCUCUUGCUUUCGACUUUCCCCCCAAACAUUAACAUGAAGCUGAGAUAAAAGUAGGGCCAGUGGCUUCCUGGCCCCUUUAUUUACGGAUGGGAACCGCUCUCCACUUGCCUGCUUUAUAUUUCUGGCACGAGGGUUAGAAAACUCAGGCUUGACUAUCUGUGGUCCCCCCCCCCCCCAGUUCUGUUCAGUAGAAGUCAAAGACAUAACAUAGUUUUGUGGUGGUGCAAAGUCAUAUUCUUUAUAGCAGUGCAUUUUUUUUUAAGUGUGCUAAAAGCUAGGGUAUUGCAUCCAUAUGGGCUACAAUGAUAGAGGCCCACCCAGGCAGUCUGAGUGUUUCAUGUGCACUUUGCAUUGCGGUGCUCUGUGUCUUGGAAGUAGCUCAAGAAAUGGGUGAACAAUAACCACCAUGAUCUGACAACUGAACUGGGACUUGUGCCAACGCCCUUAACUCUGACGUUAGAAACUUGGUGUGGUGUAAACCUGACCAAGUACUAUACUUUCUGAUUUCAUCGGCUGCUGUGGGAUCCCUAAUUGGAUUAAACAGGUGAAAAUAACGCUUAAGUUGUGCUCCUUCACUUUAUGAAUGAAUAGCGAAAUGGCUUAAUGCUUUUAGCAGCACAGCUCCACUUGCUGCCUCUUAGGAAGUGAAGGCCGCUUUGACAUAACAUUGCUCUGAGUGGGACCAGGCCCAAACUUCAAUUAAGUUAGUGGGGGUGGGAGGCAGAAAUCUUAAAAAGACUUCUGUGUGGAGGUGGAGAUAACUGUUUGAUCUGCAGCAUAGCUGACAUGAAAAUGUGCUUAGAGCUCUACAAACUGCAAGGGAAAACUUCCCUCUGAGCACUGUGGCGGCUGAUGGGGCUCUUCAGGAGUGGAGUGAAAGGUGGGAUUUCUGAGUACAGUGGUACCUUGAUUUACGAACAGCCCUGUUAAUGAACUAUUUGGUUUACGAACUCUGCAAAAUUGGAAGUAGUGUUCCGGUUUGUGAACUUUACCUCGAUCUACGAAUGGAAGCCAAACCGUGGAAGGGCGCUGGCGGCGGGAGGCCUCAUUAGGGAAAGUGUGCCUCAGUUUAAGAGCAUAUUUGGUUUAAGAAUGGACUUCAGGAACGGAUUUAGUUUGUAAACCGAGGUACCACUGUAAAGAGCUUGGGGAACUGAAGCUCGGUAGGCAGCUGAUGAAAUUAGUGGCCCUGCAGCAACAGUAUCCUGCUGCAACUUAAUGCAGGAAAUGGAGAUGGUCAGCUCAGACACUUGCAAGGUUCUGACUUUAAACUGUUGAGGAGCAGGUUUAUGUGCCAGUGACUAAAAGACUUGGAAAGUCCCUAUACACUGGUAUUGCAUCUUAACACACAUUUUACUUAGGCUUUCCGCUCUCGCCUGCAGCCUCUGUGUUUUUCAGGGGAAAGACUCGUCGAGCAGUGAGCCAAGAGGGGAAAAAAGAACCCCUUUCAAAAAUGGUGUUCCUGCCACUUCUUUGCAAGGAGCAUCCGCAGUGGGGCUGUAGCCAGUCUGAAUUGCUGCUGAUAGGAGGGUGCCUGUCUGAUGGGGGAGACUCCGGCUAGCUCUGGUGGGAUGCGGUGGCGGCAUACCAGUUCCUCUUCAGGAGAGAAAGCUGCACAGAUGGCUUGCCUGCUGCUAAAAGAGUUGCACUGGUUAUGAAUCGGCUAUCUGGCUAAGUUCAAAGUGCUGGUAUUGGUGUUCAAAGGCCACCAGGAUACCUAAAAGACCGUCUCACCCCUUUACAUACCUAACCAAUCACUGUCUUCUAUAGAAGAGGGUCUCCUGCAGAUAUGACCUUAUCAGGUGAUCCAUUCUGUAUGACGUAGUAUUUGGACCUUCAUUGUGGUGGCAUCCUCCCAAUUAUACACCAGACCUUUCCUUUUUGACUUCCAUUGAAGGCCUUCCUUUUUCAAAAAGCCCUUUAAGUCGAUUUUAUUUUUUUUUAUAUCCCAAUCUGUAUCAAAUCUGAUGCAGUUUUUACAUAUGACUUUAUUGAGCAUUAAUGGCUUUGUGAUGUUUCAUGGGAUGCCCUUCAUAAACUUUAAAAGAGAGACUAACCUUGCCUAUGUGUGGUAAAUGUCUAAUAGGUUGUGUGCAAUUCUUAGAGUCCCCCUAGUCAGACAUGUGUCACUGGCCUGCUUGGUGUGGGCGCUGAAGAAUGUCUGUGCUGGGCAGAGGAAGCAGUGCUGCCCAUCUUUCCUCUCUUGGAGGUGAUGUUGAACUAAUGAAGGCAGACUGGUCUCUCAAAGCUGCACAGGCAAACCAUUUCCUCGGUUAAUGUUGAUGAGAGAGAAAGCAUCCCUUCCCACAAGUACUGGUCCCAGUUGAUCACUUAUUCCUUGCAAUUAAAUCGUGGUUGUGGUCAAAUUCUUCCAGGACUGACAGCCAAGAUGGCCUCUGGCCUCUCCCCUAUUUUUGCUUAGUCUAGGUGACUGGGGACUAGAUGACCCUUGGGGUCCUUUCCAACUCUGCAGUUCUACGGCUCUAUUCUGUAAUUUUUGGCCCAGGGCUUAAUGUGGUGGCCACAAUAAGUGUGACUUGGGUGAAACAUUGGUUGUUUUGUUAACAAAAAUGGGAACAUCUUUUAGGCUUAUGCCAUGAGUCUUGUGUUGCUUGCCUUGAUCAAAAUGCUUUAGAAUCAUAGAAUCAUAGAGUUGGAAGAGACCACAAGGGCCAUCGAGUCCAACCCCCUGCCAAGCAGGAAACACCAUCAGAGCACUCCUGACAUAUGGCUGUCAAGCCUCUGCUUAAAGACCUCCAAAGAAGGAGACUCCACCACACUCCUUGGCAGCAAAUUCCACUGUCGAACAGCUCUUACUGUCAGGAAGUUCUUCCUAAUGUUUAGGUGGAAUCUUCUUUCUUGUAGUUUGGAUCCAUUGCUCCGUGUCCGCUUCUCUGGAGCAGCAGAAAACAACCUUUCUCCCUCCUCUAUGUGACAUCCUUUUAUAUAUUUGAAACAGAUUAGUUUGAGGAAGUAGCCAAAAUAUUGCGUGUAUCAAAAAGUUUUAAGAGGUGUACCAGGCUAUGAACAUUAAAAUGUUUUUCCUUUGACUAGAACACUUCCUUUUUCUGAAUGCUGCUCUCUGCUUGUGAUGGAGCCUGGCUGAACUGUGCAUACUUGCAUGAAUGGGAUUUCCUCUCACCAAUCCUGUUAUGUGUGGUGACUCUGGAUGGUUUCAGAUGGAAAAACUGAAUCAAAGUGUACAUUGUAGUCAAGGAUUUCCCCAAACAGUAAUCACUUCUGAUUACUUCCAACGUGUUGGUUUUGGCUCUAAAAAACCCGUAUACACUGUGGCUUUAGUGUUUGGCGUGUGCUGCACAGAAGAUAUUUGGCUCUACCAUAUCUAAAUAGCUUCACUUAUCUGUGCAGUCCUCUGCUGGUGUGAUGGCUGCCUGGAAGCAUCUUGACCCACACCCAGUGUGAGUAAACAUGCUUGCUAAUGCUAUGGAUGUUGGUCUUGGAAGCUCCCCAGACUUUGUCACUAACCAUGUAGCCUCUACUACUGACUGAUUGCUAAAACAAGCUGCUGCAGAUGAGUAACUGGAAUCUUAUGAGACUUUUUUUGAGCAUAUUUAUAUGGAUAAGGAACAAAUAUUGGGGUAAGCUAGUUGUGGGAAAGAUGGCCACUUCCAGCUUCACCCCAAGCCUGCCUGGGUCAGAUGAACCCUUUCCUGUUUCUGGGAGGUCUGCAGUAUUUUGAGUCUGCAUGCUUCUACCACUGGGGAUAGAUAAGGCCAGAAGAAGUCGUUGGACUACAGCUCCCAUCAGCCCCUGCCAGCAUGGCUAGUGAUCAGGGAUGGUGGGAGUUAUCUGUCAGCAAUUUCUAGGGGUCACCACAUUGGCCAUCCCUCUAUGAAGCAGCCUUAUCUGAUCCCCCACAAAGGGGGUGAGCAUUGAGGGCUGUGUCUCUGAAUAGUUCCUAUGAACAGUAUUCAGUGAUCAAAACUGAGCAAGAUGACAGAAGUUUAGUUGGCUGGUUUUGAGACCUAGCUAGUCUGUUAACUGAGAUACCAAAUAGUUUGAUAGUUGGUAUUGCAAAGCCUUUGGCUUUAGGAAAAGCUAAAAAUAAACUCCCAUUGUGCUUUUAGAUAAUGAAGCCUAAGGAGAUCUUGCACAACUCCCUUUAGAGUGCAAGUCAAAGGUGUUUGGGCUUACUUAUUCCAGGUCUACUAUCCUGACCUCUGAUAGGUCGCUGUAAUGACAACUUUAGGAAAUGUAGACUGCCAAGAAGGUUCUGAUUUUUUGUUCUGGACAGGGUACUUAUAGCAGAACAUACUGCAGAGACAUAUAAAGGAUGUCAAUGCAUAUAUCUAGUUAAUAGUGUUGGGGGGGAAAGCACAUUGCUCCUUGAUUGCUGCCUUCCUGGCAACAGGAACCUCAGAUGUAGUUAUGAUCUGUGCAUGAACUGUAAAUAACAAUAAUUGUCUGCAUAAACCAUACAUUUUGACAAGACUCUGUAUUAUCAAAUGAGAGGGUAUUGCGAUCAGGAAAUGAGAAGGCAACAGUGGCUUGAAGCUGACAUAAUUUUCACUUUUAAUGCCACAGACUCAAAGCCAAACAUACCUUAAAGAUAACUGCAGGCUUAAAUGAGGGUCUGUUGUCUGCAAUUAGCCACUGAAAUAGGAGUGUGAUGUGCAUAGUCCUUUCAGCCUCGAUCUGAGGUGGCACUUUUCUUGUCCAAUUGGAAAGCUUUUGCAUACUGUUGAUGUUUACUUGUAGUAGAAUAAUAUGCAUUGAACUAUGGCAUAUGUUGAUGAUGGUUGUGUGGGUUGCCAAGCCCACAGAACCUGCAUUCUUCUGCCUAGUCUUUCUGGAAGGAUUGUUUUAUUUCUGUCUUGCAAAUGUCAAAUUGCAAGACUGGCCUGUCUUUUGGAGAAUGAAGUUCUGGUUUGUGAGAGGCCUUUUGUGGGAAAAAUAACAAAAAUGACUGUGCAGUUUAUCAUGCACUGAAUCCUCCUAGUAUUUUCCAGUUCUGUUGUAAUUUCAAUCUUCCCCCAACUUGGUGUCCUCCAGGGUAAUGAUCACCUGAACUCACUUCAGCCGGUGUAACAGGGAUUGUAGAAGUUAGUCCAGCAACAGCUCGAACUCACUAGUUUGGGGGAAGUCUAGUGUAUUUUAGAUACACUUUCAUUAUAGGUUUCUAUACUUUCAUGGGGCCAUGCAAGGUCUCUGUAAUGCUUCAUACUUUCUGCCCCCCACCUACCCCCCAAUUUCUUUGACAGCAGAAUAAUGGGAGUUUCUACUUAUAUUUACCUAAAUUUAAUAGCAUUGGAAGAUGGAGCAUCUUAUCUUACUCUGCAGUCAUAUGCUGUUGUUUUUGAAGUGAGGUUUGAAGACAUGGAAGCAUGCUAGGCAGGAGCCAUAAGUGUAAUGUGCCUUUCAAACAGUUAUUUUAUAUGGCUGCCUUAUUCCAGAGCCAGUGGCUAGUUGAUCUAGAUACACAGCUGGAGAAACAUAAAUACUUACCAGAGUGUUCAGUUCCUUUUGAGGCCUGGUGAUGGGUGUCCUGUCUCCUUCCUAAAUGGCCUAUCACUGGAAUUGGUGUUUUCUCAUUAUUACUGGUUUUCAUGUGCUUGUGAUGUGUAGCCACUGACUAGUGCAUUUUAUUCGUGAGUGGGCACUCUAGUAUUUUGGAGAACAGGCUGGUGGGAUGCCUGCCUGAAAAUAGACCCAUGAACAAAUAUUCCAGACAGCAGCCUCAAGCAGCAAACUUGAAGGGGGGCAUUGUUGUAUGUCUAGACGGCUACCAUGAACAAUGUUGUGGGAAAGUUAAUACCUCCUUUCUGGCAUAUCUGAAACGAAAUGCAGGAUUGGAGCCUUAAUCAGCAGGCAGGGCUACUUCAGAACACUAUUGUACUCAUACGGAUGCCGGCAGAUUACUGGGAAUGGUGGGUGAAUGUGGGUGCAGACGUAACCGUAGGGCUUUCCAGACAAUAGUUUUCCACACCAUUAGCUGUUGACUAUAGUGCUACCUCUGAAAGCACUUUCCUGACAUUGUUUUGCACAACCUGUCUUGGACUGUCCCACCCAUUCUGUUCCUGAUUUGCCACUUUGGCCUAGCAGCGAUUAGCACAGUUGUCAUGUGCUUCCAUUGGAGCUGCCACUCCUUGACCGUCAGCGCCCUGGGGGUCCAGUGGUGCAGCUCUGUUCUUCAGGAUGCUUGCUUCCACAGCAUCCAUUCACCCGUCGGUUGUUGGAUGAAUGAAUCUAGAACCUCUGAGGUAGGUUUGGGCUGCCAAAGCAAUUGCCAUAGAAGCGAGAACAAGAGAUCUCUAUAAACGCUUGAGGCAGUUUGCGUCGAAAUGAAUGGCAGCAUUGGGGGGUUGGGGAAUGAUUCUGUGCAUGUGCAGGUUAGAAUGGCUGCCAAGAAAAUCUCCUGGGAAUAUGUGCAUCAAUAUUCGGAUGCUUCGCAAGGCAGUGUUCCAGUCAAGCCAGUAACGAAGCAAACUGAUCUCAUCUGCAGCUUCUGGGGGCUUUUCACAUACAUGGGGAACAAGGGGUGACCUCACUAAUGUGGAAUGUGCUUUGCUUAGUGUAAGAGGGGGGCCUGUUCUCCUGGGGGUUAUUGUCAGCAUAACAAGUUUGCCAAUGAUGUCAUUUAUUCAAAGCGUGCUGCAGCAGGCUUUAAGGACACAGGAAGGGCUUUUCGAAAGCCGAAGUUUCUGUUUUAGUAAUAAAUGGAACCAAAGUUCUCCAGGUUGGCUGUAGAAAAAAAUUAUUGGAAAAGGAAGCAUUACCAGGUGCUGACUCCUGUUAUACCACUAGUGCCAGAUCUUAAUAGCCAAAAGGCUUUUAACUCAGAACUGUGGUGGUAAAUGUUAAGUGAUAACAAGAACUGGUGAAAAACAAACCUGGUGAAAAACAAACAAACUGGUGAAAAACAAACCUUAAAUAGUGAUCACUUAGCAAAUGUGCCACAGAUGUUUUCUAAGCAGCAUAAUAAAGCACCCCAGUAUUCAUUGCCAUACUUCUUGGUAUCCCACUUGUUGGCAUCUGUCUCAAGAGGUCAAAUUAGCAACACCAAAGUAACCUCCCUGAGGCACAAGCCUGGGCAGUGUGUGUGGAGCUCCUGGGCUGCCCAGGGUACAAGACUGUCCCCCCAGACUCACUGCUGUGGUUCAAAGGAAAGCAGAGCAAUGCUUUUGGCACCAGAGUGGCUGCAGGAGUUGUCAGAAGGAGGGGUACAAGGCACCAUCCAGCCGUCUUAAGGACUAUACUCUGGAUAUGUGUAGGGUUUAUUCUUGAGCCAUUUCUUCUCCUGAAGUUAUCUCAUAAGGCAGUGGAGUUUUAAGACCAGAGUUUUCCUUCUAGAUGGGCUACCUUCCCAGGUUGAUGAGCUGCCUUCCAGGCUGUUGGAGUCACUAUUGGUCUCGUUUGCUUAAUCCACCAGAGCCUGUGUUUGCAUGCAGGGGGAAGUCGCUAACUUACCAAGGGUUUGAGACCCAUUGGUUAUCCUCACCUGAUUUAGCUGGCCAAUGGAAGCCAUUCCCGGGGUGUGGCUACUGUCACAUGCUGACAGCUUCUAGGAGCCACAGGUGAGAGCUGAGUGCAGGGUGGGGACUAAAGGUGGACAAACUACCCCAGGAGGGGUACAAUGUGUCCCCUACCAGAGUUACCAUCCCUCCCCUAACACCCCAUACCUUUUUAUUUAAAAUGCCUACCGCAUUCUUUAAAAGCACAAUCCUCUUGGGAGAAGAACUUUGUUAAUGUGGCUCUGGUUGCAUGAGGUUCAGUUCACACUGCUUUCAGGGCAUGAAAACCUCGCACUUCUGAUAGUUGUGUGCUUUAUUCGGAAGCAGGUGAUGGGAAAGUUAGCAGUUCUGUUUUAAGGGGCAGUACUGCAAGAGUAAACAGGGCAGGGUAUGUUGCACACAGUACUUGCAGGACUAAAUUAUCCCUGCAACCAUAAGAUUUGACACUUGCUUAACAUGGAGACAGUAUUUCCAUGUUAAAUACUACAGCUGCCGAAGACAAAUGGCUUGUGACUCUGUACUAAGAAACUUGAAACUUUUAACACUUAUUCAAAAACUGAAUGCCUUCUGAGAAGCGGGAGGUGCAGGGAAUAGUGUUGGUCCUUGUGGUGGUUGGGGGUAUAAAAAUGCUUCCUUUAAACAUGGCGGGGGGCCCUAAACCAUGGGCAGUAUUUGGCACCCCCAAAAGGUGGUUCUAUGUGCUCUCAAGAUGUGUUGCCCAUUCAAAAUUAUAUUGAAAUUUUAAAUUUUACUGAUUUUAAUGAUAAAUGGUUUGAAAUGAUACACAAUGGUGGAUGGGACCAUUGCAAGGGAGCUUUGAGAACUGCAGUUCGCACCACACGCAUACUAACACUUAAGCCGCACCCAUUUUGAUAUGUGGCCCCCGGAGGGUUGACAAUGGGUCAUUGUGGCCCUUUACCCAAAGAACCACAGGUCUGCAACAGACUCUUGAUUUGAAACAUUAUGUGCAACAGCUUUAUCUUCCCUAGCUUACAAGACACCUAAGGAUGCAUUUGCAGCCGUUGUAAGGCAACUGAUGAUGGUGGGAUUGGGAUCUUGUGGCCCUCCACUUGGUGGACCAACUCACAUCAGCUGCAACCAGGGAUGGUGGGAGAUGUAGUCAGCAGCAUAUGGAUAGCCACAUAUCCCCCCUCCCCCACGCCUUUUCUAGUAUGUUCUGUAUUUUCCUUGUAGUAUCAUACUCUGGCUCUUUCCUGGUGUCUGACAUGAUUAGUGUCCAGAAUGGUAGCUGUGUUAGUCGUCUUGUAGCAGGAACAUCAAAUUCAUGUGGCACUAUCAAGUCCAACACAGUUAUUAUGAUGCAAGCUUUCAUGGACUCUGACCACAUGAUUCUUCAUUGAAAAAAAUUAAAUGGUGGAGUUCUGCCUUCAAGGAAAUCUGCAAAUAUCAUUUCUGUUCACAACUCUGGUCAAGAACUUGCACUGCUCCUUCCUGCAACAUGUUUAUUCUCUGUAUUAGAGUUCAGAGAUCAUGUCCUCUUGCUAUGGUUUGGACCCACAGGCUUGAGUCUUAAGGUCAGGAGGAAUGACCUGUUUCAGACAUUACAAUUCAUGUCCUACCAUAAUGGGAACAAUUUGUAGUGAGACAUGUGUACAUAUGCUUCCAUUGUUUGAUGGGUUGCAACAUGCCAUUUCCUGCAAACUCAACAAGCUGUGUCUGAUGUUGCCUAAAAGACCUAUCUUAAGGUAAGCAUAUGAAGCCAAACUCUCUGCUACAACUAGAAAGCUAUUUGGCACCCUCUGUUUGCUUUGUCAUGGGGGUGAUCUGCUUCCAAGGAAUACAUCUUGCAGAUUUAGGCAUACGGGGCUGCUGCGACUUUCCUCAGAGCUAUUUCUGGCCCUAAACAUCAUUUAUGCUUUUAAUGGUCAUGUUUUAGACUCUUCUCUUGUCAGUUGUUGGUGGUUAACAUGCUGGUGAACAAUGUGCCUCUCCCAAGUGAAAGUGUGUGUGGAUGUGAGCAUAUGCACACCGCAUUGCAGCUUGGUAGCAGAACCUUUGCUGCUGCCCCUUUAAGGCAUAUAGUUAUCUUUGCUCAGUUCUAGUGGUUCUUUUUUUUUUAAGACUAUAAGCUAACAGUAUCAAAAAUAACAUGCUUCGGGUUUAUAAUAAUCUCAGUGGUCACAUUUGUCAUUUUAAAUUGCAGAUGUGUCACUAAGCUCUGCCCUCUGUUCCAGCGGAAGGCCCCCCAAAAAGAGAAGUUACCAAAUUAUGUACUACUAGCUGCUGUUAUCUGCAUGAUCUGCAUCAAACCUACAAAACUGGCUUACACUUUUUCAUGGAAAAAUAGCUGUGCUAUACCAGUGGAUUUCAGCCCUUAUAGGUUAGAGGAAACACACCUUUUUUUUUAGUACCAUGGCCCUUUCUCCCUGCCCCCGACAUCCACCUACAAAGUAAAAACAGGUAAUGCAUUGUAAAAUGUCGACAGACCGAAGCAUCCUGUGGAACCCUGGUUGGAACAGGUGCAGUCUAGAAGGCAGCAAGCACGUUAGGUGGGUGUCUGCCUAUAAGGCACACCGAUUUUCAAUGCCUGGAACCCAAUGUAAGGGGUCACCCAAGGUGAAGGGGUGCAUUUGGCUACAGAAGAAAUCUUGCCAUUUAAGUUAUAGCGGCUCGUACCCUUUGAGAUACUGUAAAUCCCUUAAAAGAAAUGUCAUGGCUGGGGAUACUGUAUAUUAGUUGUAUUGCCUUGUAGAAUAAUAGCAGUCGCUCUGAACUAUUACCUUAAGUUUUAAGUACAAAAUUCUGAAGGCUUGCCAAAAGAAGUAUAUUACUCUCCGGACUCUUAUAAAUGAUAUAUCUGUCUCCCUUCCCUAGGAGCCUUGGGUGUAAUCUCAAAUCAAGGCUAGGCCAGGAGAAGACAAUCUCAGUGACAUUAUUCUUACUGAAAACAUUGCAAAAAGUGGAUACCCUUUCAAGAAAUAGUGUGGCUAACAAAUACAAAUGAACUGGAGGGAAUAAAUUUGAAUUUGCACACCAUAACCGAGCUAAUGGCAAGUAUGAUGACCUACAGUGGAACAGAUAAGAGUGUGUGCUGCCCAGAGCCUGCUGGUAACCAUUUAAAAAAAUCCAACAUAAAAUCUUUUCUAGAAGUCUUACUUUUCUGCCCUCAACUUACUUUGCUCCCGGCAUUUGAAAGCAAGCCCAAAUAAAACCUAUUUUGGGAUUGGGUUAGGAAAAUCUAGGGGAAUGGGCUGCCAUUGCAAUGGAGCAGCCUUUUUCUCCAUGCUCUUGCUGUUCUAAACUAAGUGCACAGGUGGCACAGUCAAGAUGCCCGGUUGCAAAGUGGUGUCAAAGUUUGGAGUUUGUGCUGUUUGCUGAACUUCUUACUUCCGCAAUCCAAAUGGUUGCUAUGCCAGUGAAUAUGUUAAAAACUGGCCGCCUUUCAUUCUUGGCCAGUAGUACUACAUAGGAGCUUGUUCACCAUAGGUAUGUCCCAGUUUGGUCACUUCCAGAGUCAUAAUAUCAUAAAACUGUAGAGUUGGAAGGGACAAGGGUCAUCUAGUCCAACCCCCUGCAAUGCAGGAAUCUUUUCCCAAUGGUGGGGGGACGGGACUUGAACCCAUGAUCUUUGAGACAUAAGAGUCUCAUGCUCUACCGACUGAGCUAUCCUGUUUCAAGUGACAGUUAACCUGGUUUUCUCAAGCUGCCAAAUCUAGCUUAUAACAAUACUGUCCUUCCUUUGCCCAUGUUCUAAUCUCUUGCUUGUGCCAGUAAAAAGCAUAGUUCUUCUGUGUAUUCCAGUUACCAAGGAAACUGACCACAGUAGCUUAUCGUGUUUCCGCUAAUUGUCUUAAGAGCAAAUUCCUUGUAGUACUGCAGCAGGACAAAGUUUUAAAAAUUAACAAAUUCACUUGGCUCUUAUGCAACGAGGUUUUAGUUGGUGUUUCCCAGUCCAGGCACUCGUGAAUAAACUGAGCCGUAAACUUUGUUUUGAACGCUGGUCCUGCAGAAUAGUGGGUUGCUGGCAAAAUGAGAACUGUUUCUAAGCAAGGCAAAAGGUCCUAUUGGGUGUCCCUCUGGACUGUAUUGAAAAGAAUUCUUUGGAUUGCAGUGCAGAACUUAACCCAGCUAGUAAAUGCCAGUAAUAAACCUGAAUAACUAUUCUUCUUUUUAGUAAAUAUUUAACGCUGGUCUCCAGGAUCUGACUAAUUCCCAGGGCUGCAAGUACAUACUUGCGAGAUUGCUCAGUUUCAGUAUUGAUCAGUCAUGUGAGGUUCACAAUGGGCUGUAAGUAGGAGAAGGGGCAGAAUGUUACUACUGUUUUGAACGUGUCCCAGGUUUUAAAAUGCAUGGGUAACAACCAAAGAUGUAUUUGGAACAAAAUACAGCAAUUUCUGAAGAACUAGCAUCUGAAAGUGAGAAGGCCACCAGCUAAAUACUUAAACAAUUCACUGUUGGAAAAACAGAAAAGAAUCAGUGGUACCUCGGAUUACAGAUGCUUCAGGUUACAGACUGCUAACCCAGAAAUAGUACCUCAGGUUAAGAACUUUGCUUCAGGAUGAGAACAGAAAUCGUGCGGCAGUGGGAGAUCCCAUUAGCUAAAGUGGUACCUCAGGUUAAGAACAGUUUCAGGUUAAGAACGGACCUCCGGAACGAAUUAAGUUCUUAACCCGAGGUACCACUGUAUGCUAAAUUUGUCUUCUCUGGCAUAGACUGUUGGCUGAUCGGCAGAGAUGCCUUGUCGCUAUUUUACUUUGGAUUGUUUUAUUUGCUGUUUUAAUGUUCUGUAAGCGGCUGUUAUAAGAAUUUUAAGAUCUUAGAUAUAUAAUAAAUGUUCAUAAAUAUACCAAGCAAACACGUACAUAAAUAUAUAAACCACAUAUCUGAAGCAGCACAGGAGGGCAGUCCUGAAACCAUUUUAACUCCCAAACUGACCAAAUGUUUCUCUGCAAGGAGGGAGAAAAUGAAAAACAAAACAAAAAAACCUUCCCAUUGUCCCAGGAAUUAAGUAAUUACCAUCUCAAAAGGAAUGGCCAGACUACCAGAAAAGGCAAUCAGAUAAGGCAUUAUUAGAUAACCUGGCAGUCAGGAAAAACAACCAUCAAAUUUCUGUUGUAGACCGCCUUUUCUGUGAUGUAGGUAUUAUGUUUGUGGGGGGUGGUCUUGGGCUACACCCCUUCUGUGAUGUAUGUUUGGAGGGGUGGUCUGGAGCUCCAGGGCAGGAAAUUUCAAAAUGGAUAUAUAAGGCCUUGCUCGCCAUUGUUCGAGGUCCUCCUCCUCUCUCCUGCAUGUGGGGGAGCACCCUGUUGCAACAGUCAAUAAAGAUCAAGCUUACUAGCUGCUUUGCUUCUCAAUAUUUUCUGGUUGGUCUCUGUUAUUUUCUCCUACUGAUAGAGAACCUACAAAAGGACUCUAUAUGGGCUCUUGGGUACAUAAGGGAAAAGGAGGUUUUUUUAAACUUAUAUCACUGCAUAAAAUGAUAUAGAAAUGAAAUGAAUAAUAAUGAUUAAAUCCCCACUCCCAAAAGGCAACUAGACAGUCUUGUUGUUAUGACUGUAACCUAGGUUGAAGGUGCCAUUUGGCGAUGAGCUUAUAUAUGAGCUUCUAACAUCUCUGGAUGUUGUUGGACCAUAACUCCCAUCAUCUGUGACCAUUGGCUUUGCUCACUGGGGCUGAUGGUAGUUCAGUAACAUCUGCAGGGCCACAAGUUAUCUGCCCAUGCUCUAGUAGUCACCACACAAGAUCAUAUGAAGGCCUCCCCAUUGUGUUUCUAUAGACAAAGUUUCAGCCUUAAAUUUGGAGCACUUUUGACCUGCGGUGCCUGUAUCACUAUGGAAGCCUGCUUCUGCCUGAACCGUUUUUCUUCAGCGAUGCUUGUAAAUCUUUCCCUGUGGCUAAUGGCUCUAAGCAACUUAAUUCAUUACAUUAUAGCUCUAUCCCUCAGCAGCUAAUGUAGGGCCUGCCCUCAUAUGACUGCAUAUUAUCUAAAAUACAAUGAUUCAGUUAGGAAAUGCGCAGGUAAAAAUUUGGUGCCUGCUACCCAAACACAUUACUAGUUUUUGAGUAAUGUUUUCCACAUAAGGAGGAAAUGUCCAAUUGAUGCAAAAUGAGUUCCUACGCUUUGUGCAACUUUUGGUUCACUGGUGGAAUUACUUUAGGCUACUGUUUUCUUGCAAGCCCUUGCAGCUGUGAGAAGAGGCGAUUGCACACCCCUUUAAAUCUUGUGUGCAUAUUGUAGCUGUAUAGUGAAUUGAGCAAUGACCCUCUGGAAUCCGACAAAUCUCAGACUUCACAUGUUAAAAGACCAGUAUACAGCCACAAAGCUAACUUAUCUUCAGCAGUUGAUCUGCCCUGCAAACCUGGCUUGUGUGAGUCUACAGCUUAAAUGUUGCAAUUUAGCUAAACACUGUUCCUCAGGCCAUGUACCUUCAUAACCUCCAGACUGAAGCUGUAUUGCUUAAGCAGUUUUAAGAUGCAAUUAGCAAAUGACAGUGGCUAGAUAGAAAUUCCACUGUUAAUUGCUCAUGAAAUAUAUUUGUGCUUGGGGCCAGAAACAUUACAAUAGAGCUUUGCAAUGGAGAGAGUUGUGUAGGUGAGCAGUUCAUCAUGAAACAGUGCCUUGCCAUAGUGAGUCCUGGUCUAGUUCAAACAGACCUUUUAUGACUCCCACAACCUGGCAAACAGGGCUUGAUGUGAGACCUGAAAACAUUUGGAUAAGAGUUCCCAGGAAGGACUUGUUUUCAUAACUAUGAAUCUUUAAAUUUCCCUGGUUUUACUACUGGCCAGAGUGGUGGUACACUGCAAACCGCUUCAUAAGUUUUCUAGCCACAGUAUCACUUAUGCAAGGACUCAUUUUAAGUUUAUUUCUAGAUCUCUUUGGUACCCAGUCACAAAUAGCUGUUGUAAGAGUCAAUAUAGAAAUGAACUUCUGCUUAUUAUACAUCUGAGCUAGGUAGUAGGGGAGCUUGCUUUCCAAGUCCAGUUUGGUCGGCAUGAUGCCAUCUUAGAAGCACAUUCAUCUGUUUGGCUUUCUAGUUUCAUCAACAUACUGAUGUGUCCCGGGCAAAUGUUGACUAGGGUACUAAGGAAUUUCUAGCUUGGUAGAAAGUCUGCUACUAAUAGUUGAGUGAUAAGGAGGGGAAAUACUUGGACUAAAAAUAACAUUUUCAUAUUGAUGUGAAUAAGCUAUAGCCAAAUAUGCAACAGGAUGGAAAUCUAGCUGUGUAAAUGCUCCUUUUGUUCUCUAAAUUCUAAUUGACUGAUGCAGAUUGGUUCCAUCUUAUCUUUGUAUAUCUUAUUCACCAUGUAAUGUACCUUUCUACAAUAAAGGUUUGUGUUGUAGAAAUAGCUCAUGGUUUCCACCCCCAUUUUUAAACCCAAGGUCUGUUGCUGUCAAUCUGCUUAAUUUUGCAAUUAUGCAGAUUCUGUAAGAAGCCGAGUAAAACAUUAAUCUUAAAUCAUGGUUGAUUCAUUCUUGAAGAGAAACCAGAGCAAAGGAUUUCUACCCUUUUGGGAUAUCUACCAGUUAGUAUGAUUGGCUUACUGCCACUUACUAUGGAGGUACAUAAUGACAGUAUAUAAACUGUUUAAUGCUCUCCUGCAGGGCAAGGUCUUGGAUUGAGGACAAUAGGCUGGUUUUCCUAGUUCCUAAGUUCACAUUAUUAUGAUCUGUCUGUUGACAGUAGACAGCUGAACUGAUGGCUUGAGAAGAAACUUGGAGGAAGCUAUUCCAACCAUGAAUCAAGCAUAUAGUAAAAUAUGUGUAAAAAGAUCUCAAUAGAGACCUAGGUAGAUAGAAAGAACCAAUGUGUCUGCCAAUCAUACUAUCCACCUGACUCUUGCACAGUUAGAUUGGUGGCUCAAAGCAAAUGCCUUUAAGUGGAUUUGUUACCUUUCGGCUUGACUUGAUGCCUAAUGGUGGUUUUAGUAGUAAUUCUGUGUUUUUUAUUCUUUUCAGAUAGUAAAGCUAUUGUUGAUGGGAACUUGAAGCUAAUCCUAGGGUUAGUAUGGACCCUUAUCCUCCAUUACUCAAUCUCUAUGCCAGUGUGGGAAGAUGAAGGAGAUGACGAUGCCAAGAAACAGACUCCCAAACAGAGACUCUUGGGAUGGAUUCAGAACAAAAUCCCUUAUUUGCCAAUAACGAACUUCAACCAAAACUGGCAAGAUGGCAAAGCAUUAGGUGCCCUCGUUGAUAGCUGUGCUCCAGGUAAGCCUCCUGUGACCUUUCCAUUUUCUCGUCCUAUGUCAGUAGCAGUUGAUUUAUCUUUACCUUAAUGUAAAUAAGAUUCCCUUGCUUUGAGAAGUCCUGUACUUGACUAGAAGUCACACCUAUGAAAACAAGCUCUGAAUGUAUGUAUAAAGGUCAGGAACCCUUAAUGAAGGUUUCACAACUUUUAGGCAUUGCUUUAAGUUUGCAAUGCAUCUUAAAAAAAACGUGGUACAUAUUUUAUGGAUUCCAAAAUGUCCAAUCAUAGUUGUAGAGCAGCAUGUUUUUAGCUUCAUGAAGUAUUGCACGGAUUCUAAAAGCUUUUCUACAGUUGUUUUUUUAACAAAAUAUCCUGGAUGUAAAUGCAGCAGUAGAGCUGUUUUGUCAUGUUUAGGAGCUGUUACCUUUGCUGCACCCAACUCUCAAGUGAAUGAGAAGACUAUUGGCUAAGUUAACCUUCUUGUGGUCCAGGAGUAGCCAGUAGCCUUAUAGAUGUUGGCACCUGUUUCUGAGCUAAGAAAAGAAGGAUGUUGGUGGACUAAACCUGCUGUCACACCUGGCCCCUGGCAUGGGCUGGUGAGAGUGUGGCAGAAGACCAUUUUGGCUACUCCUGCUGUUGUCAAUAGGAUUCUUUAGCAUCUUAAUUAUUCCUACAUCUGGCGAAACAAUUUUCUGAAAAUUCAGCACUGCAGAACAACUUGAUAUGUUGCAUCCAGAAUUUUAGGGUAAUCUUUAGUUAUUGCAUAUUGUAAAUUAGAGAGCAGUUUGUCAGAAUCAUAGAAUUUGACAAGACUGGCAGCAUGGAGUACUGGAAAAGCCAAUCAGUGGUUCAGCAGUCAGUGUAGCUCAGUGGAUAGUAGGCAGUUCCAAUCUGUUAGAUCUCAAGUUGGCAUUGAAUCUCUUUCCUCACAAAUGGGAGUGGAGGCCAAACAAUACGAACAGGAUUUAUCUCACAUAUCCCGACUUUGCAGUCUGAAAACCUUGGCUACCAGGCUAUAAUCUCCACUUCCUACUCUGUGCAAUGCAAGUUCACUUCUGUGGGUAGACCUUGACAGUUACUAGCUAAAAUUAAAAUGGAUUUAUGCUAAGUGUAAAUGCUUCUGGAUGUUCAUAGUAUUUUAAACUUUAUAAUUCUUGCUUCGCUAGGUCUCUGCCCAGACUGGGAAACCUGGGACCCUAAGAAGCCUGUUGAUAAUGCCCGUGAAGCCAUGCAGCAAGCAGAUGACUGGUUGGGUGUCCCUCAGGUAUGGAGAAAUGACAUUUGAGCUUCAGCAUAUCCAGGUGGCAGGAUAUGAACAGAAAUAAUUUUAUUUGUAGCAUCUAAUGGUCCCUGUCCCACAAAUUCAGCUGUGCUUAAAAAUACCUGCUGUGGUAUGAAAUGUCACCGUCUCAAAUGAUUAAAAACAGUGGGUCCUCCACACAGAAUGCAUUUGAUGAGACUGCUUCCUUGAAAGCUGCCUCUUUAGUGUACAGUAAGCCCGUAACUUAUGCAUGGAUUACAUUCUGGGAAUCGUGCCUAAAUCCAAAGUUCUGUAUAGUCAGUAGAUAUUGGGUUCAAUAGUAGGUGGAAUUGUCAGUUGCUACCUGGAUCCCCACGCACCCCUUUUAUUUUUAUUUGCCAAGCCUAUAAAGCUGAAUGCACACAAAUUAAAUGUGCGUAAAUCGCAAACUUAACAAUAUUGAAAAACUCGAGUUUCCCCUCUCAUUUUUACAAGGAUAGAAGCCCCCCUUCCUUUGAAGGUUGGGCUGGAUCCUAUCCCUGCUACAAACACUUCUAUAGUUUCCUCUGCCUUUAUUGAAAUAACUCAUAUUAUGCCCAUUAUUUGCUCCAGUAAAAGAAAGCACUUACGACUUACUGUGCCAGUGCCAGUUCAAUAAAUCUGCCUAGCUGCCCUCAGUGUUUCUCUAUGAUUAAGACCCUUGACUGCUGUUAUGUACUUUUGAAUUGGUGCUACUGAAGUAUUUAUUUGACAGGUCUAAAAAAGUUUGUACAUAGAACCUAGGCAGUGUUUAGGAGGACCAGUCAAACACUCAGUGCAACUUCAAGCGAUUGGCUGUUGGGAGGAAGGUGGCAUCAUAACUUUUUGACUGGCAGUAGUAACUCAACUGCAAAUGACCCAGCUACAAAGCUAUGUGUGCAAAUAAAGUGCACUUAUUCUAUGUGUUGCAAUUACAUGGUGUAAUCUUUCAAAAGGCUUCUUGCUCUUAGGAAUGCUACUGGUUAACUAUAUUUCCAAACUUAGGGAAUUAUUGGACGGGCAGUGAUUUGGAUGUGUAGGAAUGUAUGAGGGGAACUCUGAUUCACAUGUUGUAAUCCUAAUGAAAAUAUGUCCUUAUUUACCAGGUCAUCGCUCCUGAAGAAAUUAUACACCCUGAUGUGGAUGAACACUCUGUAAUGACCUACUUGUCACAGUUUCCCAAAGCAAAGCUGAAACCUGGUGCUCCUUUGAAGCCUAAACUUAAUCCAAAGAAGGCAAGGGCGUAUGGCAGAGGUGAGGUCUAAAAUGCUUUUCUUAUAACUUGAGUGUAUUGUUCUUAUAUCUUGUUACAUACAUUCAAAACUAUUGUGCUUUAAAAGACCAGUUGGUUCUUGCUCUAUUUAAAUCAUGUUUGUAGACAAACUUCCAAGUUGCAUUGUAUUCGUUUAAGUGCAGUGCUGAGAUUCAGAAAAAUGUGGAAAUAGUCCAAAAGCCACUCCUACUUUCACAUGAAAAUUUCCACUUUGAGAACCAGUUUAGCAAGGCUAUUGUCUUGUUCCAAGAUGUAAACCUAAACUUCAUCAUUGUCAGUGGGAGGGGACCAGUUGCUUCGUGUAAGGCGGUGGUUCCCAAACAUUUUUCCAUCAUGGACCACCUGGAAAGUUGCAGAGGGUCCAGUCCACUUAAUAGUAUUUCUGCCUGUUGUUGCAAUUGUAAUGCACUAUGUUGUAUGGUUUUUAAUUGUAUUUUGAUUGCUGCUUUUAUUUUGCACAAAUUGCAUUAGUUUGUAUUCAAAUAAUACAGCAAAAUACAAUAUAUCUUAGUGUAUAAUAAGAUGGUAAGAAUGUUGUUACACUGAAGUUUGCAUGACUGCCCAGGCAGAGGGUUAGCAGGAAGGCAUCCUAGGCAGGUGGGUGGAUGGUUGGCCCAGGUGAGUGUUGUCAGUGGUGGCUGGUCUGGGCAAGUUAUAGAGGAACAUGCAGGGUUCCCCAGCAAGCAUCCUGCUGUUCUCUCUGUGAACCUCAUCAGCUUAGAUGACCUCAGUAUGAGGCGUGUCUGUUGAGGAUCUUCCCUAACCUAUUCCCCCAUAGCUGACUUGGGCUGCCAUUUGGCCAAAUUGUAAGAGGGGCAUGGCUUUGGGUGGGUGAGUGACAAGGGAACUGGAGGUGGAUGGAGGCAGGCUGGUGAGUGGGGUUGGAAUGAGAGGGGAUGGGAUGAGAACCUGGAGAGGAACAGAAGUUCUACCGAAGGAAAACAAGCAGGGAUCCUGUGAAGACCGUGAAAAACUAAUGCACGUGUAUAUUCAGAAAGCUACCAAAAUCUAGGGUAUCAAUGUUGUCAACGUUAGAUUUUUUUCUUUCAGCAACACUAAGAAUUUUAAAGCAAACUCCUAAUUCAUACAUCACAGAUGAAUACACAGUUCAGAAAGUAAUUAUCUUUCGAAUUCUGCACACCUCCAAAUUUUGAAAUACAAUUCGCUACUCAAAACCUGUGCGUUAGGAUAAAAUUCAUUUGGAAAUAUGUACAUUGAGAAGUAUGUAUUUACAUUUAUUUUAAAAUUGCAGUUUAAUGUGACGGUAGCUAAGACCAGCCCCAUCACCGUGGAUUUGUCUGUCAGUAGCAGUUAACCACAUUAGCCACAAAUUGAACCUCCCAUAUUUUAUGGCAGUGCUUCUUUCUUCACCAUUUUGUCCCGAUGCUACAUUAAGAGCAAGGAUAGCUACAAAUUGGUGCUGAUAAUUCUAGGAAAUAAUGUACUUGCAUCACAGUUUAGCAAGUAAAAGCUUUCUGCAUGUCGUCUUUACAGCCAGCUAAGCACAGCCUUUUAUUCCUGCAGGAAUUGAACCACAUGGAAAUAUGGUGAAACAGCCUGCCAAAUUCAGUGUUGACACCAUCAGUGCUGGCCAAGGCGAGGUAUUGGUUUUUGUAGAAGAUCCAGAAGGAAACAGAGAAGAGGUAUGCAUAUUGAGAGGUCUUGGGCCAGGGAAGGUAAAUGGGUUGACCACUUACUACUAUUGUGCACUACGGUAAAGGAAUCCUUUUCAAGUGUGUUGGCAUUUGAGAGAGUUUCAUGAAUCAUGAGGAUGGACCAUAGUUAAAGGGGUACAGGAGAUAUAGAAGGUCCUAAUUUUAGUUCCUGGCAUUUUAUUUAUUUAUUUGUACUCUUAGCCCACCUUUUACAAAAAGCUCUCCAGCGCAGGCUACAAUAAUGUCACUAUAAAAAUAAGCACAAUGUGUAGAAUUAAAAUCAUAAAAGGACCACAGCAGCCAAUACAAUACCCAGUGAAAAAGAUCAAGAGACUUAAGCAUGACUGAGUUGCCUAAUGCCUUCCUCUUUCUUAGGCCAUGGUGACUCCUGACAACGAUAAGAACAAGACUUACGCUGUUCAGUACCUCCCAAAGGUUACAGGACCUCACAAGGUAAGAAUAUCUGAAGAUUCUGGAGGGAGACGUGAGUUUUAGCUGCCAAGUACAUUUUGCUCAGGACAAUGUUGUUGUAAUACUAUCUCAAAACAAGUUGGUCUAGUUUUGUAGCUGUAGUUGAGAGCGACAACACUCCCCCCCACCCCCCCGCCUUAAAGUACUGAUUAGCUUUGUUCAGGUAAAAGAGAAGGUGGAGGCAACACUGGUACUCAGUUUUGUUUUAGAGUAGCUAAGCUUCCUUUUUUAUCCUGCCUUCUCUUUUGGUGAGAAAGUGAACUAUAUGAUUGAUAGACAUUCAAUGCCCUAUUAAAAUGUGUUUUUUCCUGUAAAAAUAUGCAUAAUUCAUCUGGAUAUGGUAGCUGGCAUACCACAUUCAAUGUUGGGCCUGCAGACACUUCUCCAGAAGCUUUGUUUUUUUUAAAAUUGGAUUUUAAAUGUCAGCUUGUGAAUUCAGAACUCCUCUGGAUCUUCUAUUGAGUGAAUGCAUACUGCUUGCAGUGGUGCAUAUCUAACUUGAAUACUGUUACUACACUUCUAGGUUACAGUUCUGUUUGCUGGCCAGCACAUUGCAAAGAGCCCAUUUGAAGUAAAUGUUGAUAAAGCCCAGGGAGAUGCCAGCAAAGUGACUGCAAAAGGGCCAGGCUUGGAAGUAACAGGAAAUAUAGCCAAUAAACCUACUUACUUUGAAAUUUACACAGCAGGUAAGGUGGGCUGAAUAGAUUCCUUCCUUUGUGACAUUGGAGCUGUGAGAAGGCUAGCCUUCUCUUUGUAUGGGCCAUGAUGUUGCUUCUCCCUAUAGUGUCCACACAGGAUAGGGAACCUGGGGCUCUGCAGAUGUUUUUGAGCACUGAAUCUCACCUUUCCAGACGUCAGGAGUGAUGGGAAUUGGAUGCAUAGCCAGAGACUCCUCCCCUGACACAGAGCAUAUGUGAGGGUGGAAGGAAUGCACAGUGCUCCAUGGGUUUUAUUAAAAUUUUACUUUUAUUAAAAUUUUAUUAUUUGUGGUGUUUUUGAAGGGUUUUAUUUAUUUCUGUUUUUAAUUAAUAUCAUGCCACUUUAUAUAAACACUGACAUAUUUUUUAUGAAGUGCUAUAUGAAUCUUGCUAGAUAGAAUAAAUGCAAAUAAAUGGGUUAAGGAUGCUCAAGAUGCAUUUGAAGCUUCAGGGUUCAAUUUGCAAUUCUUGGCCACAGUACUUAAUAACAACACCUAGUUUGGACAUGAAGGGGUGUAUAUCUGCUUUACAUCUCUUUGGUGUCCAGUAGAGAAGCCUGCCUCAUACCAAUACUUACUAGUCUUCCAACAGGUGUUUGUUUUUUUAGUAGGCAUUGAUAUGAAUUCACAUCAUUUUUUCUGAUUUACCAAUCGGAUGGCAACGGCCUUGGGUUUCUUUGGCAAGAAAGGUUACCAAUGUGUCUGUAUUCAGGGAUUGCAGAGUAUAAGCUUUUUGUGCAAGGUGCAUGAUGUUCAUGCAUUUGAACUAAGCAUUCUUCAUUGUUCUUGGGAAUGCAUCUCAUGUCUGUGGCAUAGUGUUCUGUGUAGGUCAGUUCUCAAGCUGGUCCUUGGCUUUGACUGCAGCUACAGCUUUCAACAGGUAUGGUGGCCCUUUAAUGGUUCCCAUUAUUGUAGAGCCUUCCUACCAUUCUAUACAAGUCAGAGUAAACAGUGCUGCAUGACAGCGAUCACUUCCAGUUGGGUGAAACUUGGUUGGGUGUUUGUGUGCAAUAUGCUUUAGGCAGCUGUAUGCACACUUGCAUACAUCCACGUGCACACUUUCUUUCCCUUUUUGGUAUAGGUCUUUGGCUCCAACAAGGCAGUGGGAAAGACUGUAUUUACUAUGCACAAUAACUUAAUUUUGAAACUUGCUUUCCCACUUGACAUAACCGUAGCUAUGCCAUUUGCAUCUGGCCAUGUAGCUUCACUAUUGUUUCUUCAGAAGUCACUUAAGACGAACUUACUGAGUACUAGACUUAGGAGUUUUUAGCGCUUGAAUUUUGCAGUAGUACUUUAAACAAAAAGGUGACUGCGAAUUGAGUAUAACGAGGAUUUUCCCAACUGGGGGUGCGAGUCUUGUUGGGCUAUAUUGCAAAACUACAGGUGCUUUUAAAUCCUUCCAAAUAGGAAAACUGGUAGACAUAAGUCUAAACAAAUCUAGCAGUGUUUCUUCAAAACAAGCAGGACCUUGGUAUAAAGAUAAGGAGAGUUCUGGCUGCAAAUGUUAAGGAUGUAUUAUCAGGCAUUUCGCAACUCAUUUCCUCAGGCUGCAAACCUUGAGGUCCUCCUGCCUUUUGUUAUGGAUCAUUAUCAUACUCAAUAGCUUUUGGGUUCUUUUUGGAAAAGCUAAACUGGAAAUUCGUGACAAAACAAUGUGUUCUUGAGGGGAGAUGGUCUCCGUGUCCCAUUUCCCAACACCCCAAUUUGGCUAUAUAGAGUGUACAUUUCCUUGGCCCUCUUUCCACUGGGAUGGCUACUGGCCAAUAUAAGAAACUGGGAGACUUCCCUAACUAUGGAAAUAAUUUUUGAGCUCCUAUUUUGUAUCUUGUAGGGGCUGGUGUUGGUGAUAUAGGUGUAGAAGUUGAAGAUCCUCAAGGGAAGAACCCCGUGGAAGUUGCAAUAGAAGACAAAGGGAAUCAAGUCUAUCGUUGCGUGUACAAACCUCUUCAAGCUGGUCCCCAUACCAUUAAAGUGGCGUUUGCUGGAGAGCAAAUUCCCAAAAGCCCUUGGGGUAUUCAUGUUGGUGAAGGUAUGUGUUUAGGGCAAACAUAUAACUAUUUAACCAUAUUACUGGAUACAUGUGCACAUUAAGUGCAGUAUCUAUGAGACUCUCUAAAUGUGGGAAUUUAGUCUUUUGGCUUGGAUAAAGCAGUUCAAUUCUUGCAUGAAAGUCAUUUCCCCAAAAAAGGACUUGUAAGUGUUAGUAUCUUAUCACAUUUAACUAACUGGGUUUUAUCAGUCUUGUCACCCUAAAUGACCGCAUUGCUCCUUCUUACACUUUUAGAAUUGAGCUUUCUUGCUGUGUCUCUUUAAAACCAACUAUAUUCACUUUAUUUUGUAUCACAACUCUCUUCCUUUCUUGAACUGACACUUGGCUUUCUAUUCCAUCCUUGCCUGCUCCUUUGCUUUCAGACCUCUGCUCACCUCUCCUGAGCUACUUUCAAUUUGUGAGAUGUUGGACUUCACUGCUAUUGGCUUCAUAGUUGGGCAAGCUCUGUCGGUAAGAGGGUGUGCAGGGUGACCUUGUGUUGCUGCAUUUUUUCUGAACACCUAGUCAGCAGGUUUGCAGCCCUAAGCAGAAGUGGCUGGGUUGUAUGAAAAUGUUGCAAGCAGCAGGUCAGGCUUCAGGCAGUCUCGCAAGAAGUCAAACGGCUUAACCACAAACUGCCAAACUUUGUUGCAAGGAGCUUGAAACUGAACUUCGGCUUGCUGCUACAUCCCCGGUUUGUUGCAUCUACAGAUGGAUGUAGAAGUAGUCAAUGCAGAUUGGCUGGGGAUGAGAAUUCCCUGCAUGCUUGCAGCAGGACAGCUUUUCGUGGGAUGAAUUAGUUUUCCCUCCAAGGAAAUGGUUGCCAACUCCAGAAGGAAAUGCAUGGAGUUGAGCUGUUGGGAGCCCAGGCCAGCAUGCCUCACAGUCCAAUUUCACGGCUAGGCCAAAUACUGACAACUGUGAGCCUUCUUACCUCCCAUAAAUCAUCAUUCUGUAUGUGGUCUUUUUCACACUGUAUCCAGUGGUUUCUGCAUACAGACCUGCUUUCCCUAACGGUGACGGUGUUCAGGAAAGCAUGUUUAAACUCUUGCGUGUGAAUUAUAUUUCCCCACCUCCAUGGUAUUGUUCAUUUCAGGCACAUCUGCAUGGGGCUUCCUCUGGGGAUUAAAUUUGCUAAUUUAGGGGCAAUAGCAGGAUCAGCAUAGCAACACUGUCUCAACCAUGCAAGGUGCAACAUCUCUAUGAGAUGCUCCCUGUCUCAUGCUAUGUUUCACUUCUUGCCCUCUUCUUCACCCCUCACCCCUUGGAACCUGAGACUUCACUGGGGGAAAAAAAGUCUGAUUCAAACUGGAAGGUUUCAUCUGCAUGCAUGCCCUAAGGCAAUAUGCCCUCCUAAGUGUGAAAUUUUGAAAAUGAGGAUACUUUGCUGCUUUUACUAUUGUAAGGCCAAAAACACUUUCCUUUUUUUAAAAAAACACAAAAAGUUUCUCCAGUUUCCCUGGUCUCUCAUGCUGAUGUAAAUUUCUUAGUUUAGUUCAUUUAAACGAGACUUGUGUUUGUACAUGGUGAAGCAAAAAACAUGCAACCCCCAGUUUUAUGUUAAUAUAAUGUGCAUUGACAGCCUCGGUCUUGCCUCCUUAAGACUGCAAAAUGGUGUUCAGGUUUUACAUUUCAUAAACUUAAAAUCUCAUCCAUCUUAAAGCAAGCCGAGAGAAACCAUUCCAGACUAGCUUGGCUAAGUUAAAUAUCUCUAGGAAUCAAAGGCUGUAUUGAUGUCUGUCUGUAAUUCGCUUGCAGCGUGCAAUCCAAAUGCCUGCCGUGCCAGUGGUAGAGGCCUCCAACCUAAAGGAGUUCGGAUCAGAGAAACCGCAGACUUCAAGGUUGAUACUAAAGCCGCAGGGAGUGGAGAUAUCCAUGUGGCAAUAAAAGGACCAAGUAAGUGCUCGGCUUCUUAGCAUUGCUGGAGCUUUGGGGUGGGGCCAGGGAAGUUUGCAAAGGGCUUAAAAGUGUAAUCCAUCGGCUUGUGAUUCUGGUAUCUGUAUGUUGACUUUAUCCCCUGGGGAAACUCCAGAAGUGAAAUGGAGCCGCUCUUUUCUCUCUCUCAUAUCUAAUUGCACAAGAGGAGACUAGGUAAACAUGGCUGGAAAUUUGAAAUGACUGGUUCUUUGGGUGUGAUAACCGCCUUGUUUACCUGUUUAUACAGAAGUAAUCUGAGCUGUGCAACUGCUUUAGUGGGUUUGGAAAGGCUUGAACUUCUACUUCAGUAUCUAUGGUGCAAAGCUCUUGGACAAAAGGGUGUGUGUGUGUGUGUGUGUGUGUGUAGCAAAAAACGUUCAGUAAUAAUGUUUCAUGACAACAUUGCUCAAGAAAUGUGAAGCAAACAUGCAAAAGGGGAAGAAAGGUUAGGCCAAACUAGACAGGAUGGUAUCAGGUGCCUGCAUUUCUUUGCUUAUCAGCCUGAAUGGAAUAUAAAUAAGAGGCUGUGUGUGUCAAACUGAUAACCAAAUGAGAUGUGUGGCUGAGGAGUUCCCGUUUCAGAAGUGGUUUACCUGGGGAAGUGUAAAUACUGGAAACUAAUGGAACUUGUAUUAAUUGUUUGAAAUACUCCUCAGCUGCUUGAGGUAACUUGGACAUGAUUUGUCAAUUUUUAUGCAUCUUAACUUGACUGUUUCAGGAUUUCAGACCAUCAUUCUUUUCCUUUUCUCAGACUUGGUAAAAAAAAAGUGAAACUUAGCAGUUCAGGAGACUACAUUUUACACAUUUUGGGGGGUUCUGACCUUAAAGAUGGGUACUCAAAACUGAACCCCAGGAUCAUUUCCCCUCUGCUUCGCUUUAGCAAGUUAAUGCUCCAUUCAAGAGUCAUAAUGGACAGAAAGUCCCCCGCUGGCUUGCUGGUCAUAUGGCAGACACCUUUUUCUACUCUUGGAUCACAGUACGGCUUGAAAUAGAUGCAGGGCUUUGUUACCUUCUGGCCCCAGAUCAAAAUGAAUGGCAAUCCUUUUCAGCCUUGUACAAAUUGGGGAUUCUGGUGGGCCUCUUGCGAGCUGUAAUGUGCUUAAAGCGUUGGGUACGGCAGGGUUGCCAACUGUGCACUGUUAAAGACAAUAGUCUUGUAUCAACAAACUUCGGCAUAUUUAGACUGUUGCAGGAAAAUUAAAUCAAGUAGGCAUUCCCCAAAUACUUGUGGUCAUGAGGUCUGAUGAAGCUUAAGCUUCCCUUGUUUUAACAUGACACGCAUAAUUCUUUAGACUAAGGAAUAACAUAAGGGAAUGAGUUAAGCGAGGUAAUGUAACACUUUCACUCAUCGAUCUCUUCUGGAAAUAUUUAUGCCAUCUUUCUUGCAUGACAACUUAGAGGCCAUUUCUCCUCCUUGCAAACUAUUUCUGGUUGGGGGGGGAAUGACUUCAUUCUUAGCAAUUUUUCUUAAACUACUGGAAAGGGGCAAAAUUGCCUGUAACCAGAGGAUUGAGGCUGUAACUAUGGAAGGCUAAUGCUAGAUUGAUGAUAUUUCUGCAGAAGGUCUGGAGGAACUUGUGAAACAAAAGGAGUAUGUGGAUGGUGUGUAUGCCUUUGAAUACUAUCCAGUAACUCCAGGAAAAUACAUUGUGACAAUCUCAUGGGGAGGCCACAACAUCCCUAAAAGGUGAGUUAGAACAUCCAUUUCAGGUUUGUUUGUUUUUAGCAAUGGAUGUGUAUUCCCUACCAAACACGUUGGAACUGCUUAAGUUUCCACAGCUGCCAAGAGCAAAUUAACGGAUGGUAGUACCGUUGUUCAGUCCCAGCUCCUGCCUGCCCACCUAGCAGUACCUAUUUAUCUACUUGCACGUCAAGUGCAAGUAGAUAAAUAGGUACCGCUUCUGGUUUGCCAGAAGCAGCUUAGUCAUGCUGGCAACAUGACCCAGAAGCUGUCUGCGGACAAGCGCCGGCUCCCUUGGCCUAUAGAGCGAGGUGAGCACGCAACCUCAGAGUUGUCUGUGACUGGACUUAAUGGUUAGGGGUACCUUUACCUUUUAGUGUCUAGUACAAGGGUACUACCCUGUUUGGACAAAUUGUAUAUUUCAAUUUCUGAAGAGGGAGACUCAUGUCAGCUGCAUUAAAAAGAAACCAAAUCCUGUGGCACCUUAAAGGCCAACAAACUAUUGUGGCACAAGCUUUCAUCUGUAUUUCUAGGUAUCAGAUUACUAUUUGGUAGCACCAAGAUUAUUCAGAGUGGAAUUUUAAUGUAGGCAACCUUUGGAAUAUCUGCCAUAUUUUAACUUUCAUUGGUCCCUGUCUGUUUUCCAAGUGAUGCACCACAUAGAGGUUAGGCUCCCGCUUCAUCUAUCUGUAGCUCCCAGCUCCCGGUCUUUUAGCUGGACAGAGGUGAUUGCACAGUAAGCUCUGCUUUGUUCUGGAGUCAGGCUGUAACCGGAAUCGUUGACAGUGUAGGGAAGGAUAGUGGUGACCAUUGCUGCUUUCAGUCCCAAGCUUUUCCUAGAGUCCCAGGUGCAUCAUAUCCUUCCUCUCCCUACCCAAUCUAUCUGAUCUGAUUCCAGUGGCAGAAAUGGAAAAGAAAGGAAGAGGUUUUUUGAAGUCUGGAUCCAAUCCAGGAGGCGCUUACAAAAAUGCAUGAGGACAAUGUUUCUAGUUAGCUAUAUCUCUGUAGCUGUACUUGAGCCCCUCUUUAGUAUCUGAUAUUAAUUGCUCCUAAUCCUGUUUUCUGGUGUUUCUGUCAUAGCCCAUUUGAAGUUCAAGUAGGCCCUGAACCUGGUCCUCAGAAAGUAAGAGCCUGGGGGCCAGGCCUUCAUGAAGGCGUUGUUGGUAAAUCUGCCGACUUUGUGGUAGAAUCCAUUGGCCCAGAAGUUGGAUCCUUAGGUGAGAACUUGCCUGGCUUGCCCUGCUUUGCUAAAUGGUUACUGCAUUUACGUGAUGCCUAGCUAACUUCACAUGGAGAAAGUCUCUCAACAUCACAUUGCAGUGGGUGUGGAACCACAUCCAAUUGGAUUUAAAAGAAAUUGGUUUGUAUAGCACUUCUGACAAGAACAAUGAUGGCACUGUCCUCCACCCAGUUUUAGCAUGACAGGCAGUAAAUGUUGGCUGAUGCCUUUGCUUCUCAUGGUUUUGUGAAGGUUACGAUGUCUCUGGUAACUUCAUUAUUGAUCCUGCCUUUCACCAGGCCCCAGUGCUAUAACACCCAAGGGGAUGGACUUUUAAAAUUAAUUAGUAUAAGCCAUUUUUUCCUCCUAGAAGCUCAAGUUGGCACACAUUAUUCUUUGUCCCAUUUUCACCCCACUCUAACUUCACAACAACCCUGUGAGGCUGAGAGACUGUGACUAGCCCCAAGGCCACCCAGUCCAGCACUCUAACCGCAACACUAAACUGGCUUCUGACAAAAGUGAUUAGAAAUUCAGCACACGGCCCCUGAAGCACAGUAACUGCAGUGAGUUUUCUGGUUUGCUUUGCAAUAGAUGGUUUCAGUUCACGUAAGGGUUACCUCAAACAAAACCUGCUUAACAGGCUUUAAUGCUGUGGAUUUAAAAAAUGGUUUUGAACAGGCAACCCAAGGUCUUUGAGUCCUACUAGCUAAAGCAUGGCACCUCUUAACAGCACUGCUGACAUGUUUCCUUUUUUUAGGCUUUGCCAUUGAAGGCCCAUCUCAAGCCAAAAUUGAAUGUGAUGAUCAGAACGAUGGCUCGUGCGAUGUGAAAUACUGGCCCAAAGAGCCUGGUGAAUAUGCCGUUCACAUCAUGUGUGAUGACGAAGAUAUCAAAGACAGCCCCUACAUGGCGUUCAUCCAGCCUGCUUCUCCAGGCUUCAACUCUGACAAGGCAAGUAUCUGAGGAGCUGCCUCUUAAAAAAAAAGAAAAAAAGCUGUUAAUCUGUCAGCCUUCUGUAUAAGCUGUGCUAGAUGGUAUUCAGGGUCAGGAUUUAGCCCCAAUUUAAAGGAAACCCACGGCAACACCAGAUAUGAGUCUGUCCCAGGUUAGAAGUUAAUUACAGGAGAAACUUUCCAUUGAGGACCGUUGCAAAUUUAGGCACUAGUGCAUGUAUUCUUUGCAUUGUGAGAUGUUCCCAAGAACAUCAAGUGGAAAACUGCUUAUUUUAACAGUCCCAUGCAAGGUAUAUCCAGGUAUCUCACUCGAACAAACUUUGGGCAUUGUAGUCUGAGGUAUUAACAACCUGUAAAGGUAUGUUGACAUAUUCUCUUAUGUUUCUGCUGAUCUUUCUUAGGUAAAAGCUUACGGUCCAGGGCUGGAGCGGACUGGCUGCAUUGUGAACAACCCUGCAGAGUUUACAGUUGACACAAAGGAAGCUGGGAGUGCCCCUCUGAGGAUCUAUGCGCAGGUAAGGUCCAGAGUUCCAGGCUGCAUUUGCUUCUCACUAAGUCAUCUGGAACUGUAGCCUUGGAAUUGUGUUCAGAAGUUGGGAGUUUUCUUCUUAAGGGUAUUAGUCUGACGGGUAGAAAUACUUAAGAUGCCAUAUGGCCACAGGCAUCACAGGAUGCUGGACUUGAUGGGCCAUUAGCCUAGUCCUGGCACUUGCCAUAUUGGCGAGUGUGAAUAUGCCCUGAGCCCAAGUCCUUAUAAGAUACAGGAUCAGGUUAAUUCCUUGAUAGGAAAGAAUUGCACUAUUGGUCUUGUCAGCUUGUCCAUGUUACCCAGGUGGUUGCUGGUAUGUGGUUCUAGCAACACUUGUUAGUGUGAAUUUGGUCCUAUGUGGGAGUGGCUGAUAUUACAAUCUGCCUGCUCUGUGAAAUCUAGCUAUAGCCUAUAGGAUUAAAGUAGAGCAAGUUUUAUGGCUCUUUACAUGGUGGCAGUGAAGAGAAAGCAGGAAGGGCUUCCAUCACUUACCAAUAGUGUAGAUGAGAAGGUAAACAAAACACUUCUUCGUCCUCUAUACCUGUGUUGUGUUCUUGCCUACAAAAGUUUUAUACAUUCUAUGUACCGUUAGAACAUACGGUGCCACAAGGUAUUGGAAGAUGUUCUGCAUGGAAGUCUUAAAUGCUGACCAGUAAGCUUGCACUAAAGACUCUUGACUCGCCAUCAUUUGUGGUAAACCAGCAGUGAUAGGUUUCCAAAACCAUGUCGGUCUGUAAGUCGCCCCUCUUAAGAGGAUCUACAUUCUUCCUUUUUUUUUUAACAGGAUGCAGAAGGGAAUCCUAUUGACAUCCAAAUGAAAAGCAAGCCGGAUGGUAUCUAUGCCUGCUCUUACAAUCCAACAAAACCAAUCAAGCACACACUUGCUCUUACUUGGGGAGGAGCCAAUGUGCCCAAUAGUCCUUACAGGGUAAGUUUUAAAAGCAGCUCAAUAGCUGCAGCUCUUUAUCCUCCAGUUGUAGCAUGUCUUACCCUGUCUUAUGCACAAACCCUUGCUUAUGUUAACUGGCAUUUAGUUGGGAGUAUUACACUAAGCCCAGAGGUGGAAAACUGGAUCCAUCUGGCAGGCUGGAUCUUUAUCUCCCUUACCUGCUUGCAGGCCAAGUUUGACAAGUGGGUGGUGCCACCCGCCUGUCAGUCACCUGAUACCAGGUGACCAGUUUCUUUAAAAGAAAAAUGUGCUUGCAAGACGCAACAGAGUUUUGCUGCUGCUGCUGAGCAGUGCCUGAAAAUUCUGUUUCAGCCCUAUUCCCCGAGCACCCUCGACAUCAUACGAGGCUGUAGGGCAGGUCUGUUUUGUUUAGGCCAAAAUGGUCUUGUAGGCCAAAUGGAAAAGCCUGGUGGGUCUGAUUUGGAUGUUCUCCACCGCUGUUGUAACCAAAAGUUCAGUCGCUUUGUGCCAUCGUUGCACAUAGUUUAUGUGCCAGGCAAAAAUAUUCCUCUUUACUGAGGCCUUUGGCCAUUAAACAAUCUAUGGUCUGUUAAAGUUUGGGUGGGGAAAACUGUUGUUAUGACUAUUUUAUUAUUAUGCUGUUUGUCAUUAUGCUUUUUAUUAAGUUUUUAUAAUUAUGCUCUGUAAAAUGUGUUCUUAACGUUGUGCACUGUCCUAGGAUCUUUUGAUAAAGUGUGGUAUAUAAAUUGAAAUAAUAACAAUAACAAUAAUAAUAAUAAUGACAAUAAUAAUAAAAUUAAUAAUGCACCAUUAAAGAUAUAAAUGAGAUUAGGAAAAGUUAUGGCCAUAAAAUAAAGCAGAUUCAGGUCUACUCAUGUUUUCUGGUCCUCUCAGUUCUUAAAUACAUUUUUAACUUUGGGGUUGCCACAGGUUUUGUUAUCUUGUAUUUAGGUCCCUGUUCAUGAUUUUAUUUUGUCUCCCUAUUGUCGAAUACUUACUGUAAGCCUUCCCUUUUAUGGAGUGGCAUACAAAUGUUGUAAUCAAAGUGGCUCCUCCUUUAAUUUGAUGAAAUGUUCCCCCCUAGGUCCAGAUUGGGCAAGGCAGUCAUCCCCAGAAGGUGAAAGUUAUUGGACCCGGGGUGGAGAGAACUGGUCUGAAAGCCAAUGAACCUACUCACUUCACAGUAGACUGCACAGAGGCAGGAGAAGGUAAAACCAGAAUCACUAACACCGUUAACCUAAGCUGUUCUAGAAAGAAAUGUGCUAAUGGAAGUGGCUGACAAAGCUGUUAUGCCUGUGUAAAUGUGUUAAGCAGGAGUGGGGAGCCUUGGGCUCUCAAGAUGUUGCUAAAAUGCAACUCCUAUCAGCUUUAGCAAACAUGACCAAUGGCCAGGGGUAGUUGGGAGUUCAACAACAUCUGGAGGACCUAGGGUUCUCCAUACUGGGUGUCAAACCACAACUACUGAUACGAGGGAGCAAUUGUGAAGUCAUUUUACUAACAAAUUGAUACUUUUGUUUUCUUCCUAGGUGAUGUCAGUGUGGGCAUUAAAUGUGAUGCUCACGUAUUGAGUGAAGAAGAGCAGGACAUAGACUUUGGCAUCAUACAUAAUGCUAAUGAUACAUUCACAGUUAAAUAUACCCCCCCUGCAGCUGGGCGCUACACUGUCAAAGUGUUGUUUGCUGGAGAGGUAUGCAGUUAAGAUGGUGGAGGGGGCAGUUGAGAUGCCAUUUUAUAUUGCUCUCUGGUUAGCUGAAGCUUCUGUAUGUAUGACAUUAUUGUAUGACUGAUUUAUUUUUAAGCUCUGUUUACGUCUCACAAGGGUUCACACCUGAAGGUCCUCAGGGUGGUUUAUGACAAAGAACAGCAAUUAUAAAAACGUAUCUGGUAAUAUAUAGAGAUGGUUGUAGCAGAUAAAAAAACACUUAAUGGGCUCUUGAUUUCAUGUUUUGCAGUUGUUUCUGACUCCCUUGCAGUUGUCACUAAUAUUUUAAGAGCAAAAUGAAAUUCAGUGCUUGCUCUUUAGAAAUGAAACAGAUAAUACAAAAACGGAUAAUAAAUUUGAUGUUCUCCUGCUCUGUGGCCAAGGGCUGAUUGUAGUCGGAACUGAUUCCAAACAAGAGUCCUUACAAGUUUCUCAUUUAGCACCAGUUAAACAAAAAUUUAGGGCACUUCUGAAAGGCACACACCAAGAAAUAGGAAUGCUUGUUAAACAGAUGGCGAAAAAGGUACCGUGCAAAGCAUCACUUCCUCUCUGUAUGGCACUGUGGCAUUUGCUUGAAUGACCACUUGAAAUGUUCCAUGAUAUGUGCAUUUAGGCCAAAGGUGGUCUAAGCAGGAUCAGCAUUUGCGUUUUGACCUUCUGGAGCAGAAGAUUAGAUUAAUAUUGGGGUUUCUGGAGUACACACAAAGAGCUGAUUACUUAAGGUGGUCUCUGCCACAAAAAGUUGAUUUUAUUUUGGUAUUCUUUGUAAAUAGAAGGAAAUCAAUAGCUUCAUAGUCUGGUGUAUGUUUGAAGAUAUACAUUUUGGAAAUGUGCCCCGGGUGUCUCAUGUGCUAGUUCUUUUGUAUUUUCUUACUUGAAAAGAAAACUUACAUUGCAACAAAGCUUUAUUUAUUUUUAUUUUUUUUGUCUUGAAGGAAAUCCCUACAAGCCCUUUCAGAGUGAAAGUGGAACCAUCACAUGAUGCAAGCAAGGUGAAGGCUGAAGGGCCUGGACUAAGUAAAACAGGUGAGAGUUCACCUUAACUUGGUGAGUGUGGAAGUUUGGGGGGCUGUCAUGAUAGCUGUCUGCUUGUUUCCUUUGUCUUCAUAUUAAAACAGAGCAAUACCCAGAUUGCGCAUAUUCCUUGUGCAAUGGACUCCCACUUAAGCAGAAGGGAAUUCCUUUCCCUCUCCUCCUUCGCAGCUCCCUGCAUGUGUCCAAAUCCAAAAUGUGUUAUUUAGCCUUAGGGGACUGCAGUGGGAAGGAGAAGGAAGGGGAAAUCCACUAGAACACUGUUGGAUCUCACCUGUACAAUUCUGCAUCUAGGAGAGAUCAGUCCAUUGAUACAAAAAAAAAUUUAAUCAUGAAGAGUUCAGUUUGGUAUUAGCCUGGCGUCUUCAUUCUGUUAAAAGAAAAAGAAAGCAUGGCACACCUUCUUUCUGAAUAUGGCUUAAGGGGUGAUGAUAAAUUCUACUUUUUCUCCUACUUAGGUGUGGAAAAUGGGAAGCCAACACAUUUCACCGUGUUCACAAAAGGUGCUGGAAAAGCCCCUCUGGAUGUUCAGUUCAGUGGACCGAUGGCGGGAGAUGCUGUCAAAGAUUUGGACAUAAUUGACAACUAUGAUUAUUCACAUACCGUAAGAUACACUCCAGUACAGCAGGUAGGAUUUCCUAUAAGAGGUAUUAAUGUGAUCUCUGCUGUCUCAUGGCUUAGCCCCAGGCAGCAUGAUAGCAGCAGGACCAGAGGAGGAGACCGUGAUCUCCUCUCCCAGGGAUGGUUUGGCUGAACUAUCACUUUAUGUUCAAAAUUAUGUUACCAGCUGCAACUUUCAUUUUUGCCCCUAGUAGUUUAAGUAUAGUGACUGCUGUGUGCUUCUGGCAAGUGGUGUUUCUGUUGUUCCUUGUACAUCUCCUUCAGGCAAGCAGUAAAACAAAACUGAAAAACCCAGCAGGUCAUUCUGGAUUGGAUCUUUAACAUCGUUAUAUGACUCUUCUUGUAAUCCUGAGCAGAGCAGACACUGGUUUCUGCACUGCCGGGCCUCUGUAUUGGUCCAUUGAUACAGGUGGUCUUUCAUCUAAGCCAUGUUCAUUUUCAUGCCGAGAUGAUCCUUUGGGUAUUUUGUGCAACUUUUAGGUGUCCAUAAUUUGGAGUAGCUGGGUUCUAUAGUUUUUGUUUUAGUUGGAUCUUGGUAGCAGAAACUUCAAUGCCAGCUUUCUAUUUGGCAUGCCACUCGUGACACUGGCUGGUGUAAAUAGAACUGGAGUUUAUGACUUCGGAAAACAGUGGUGCUGUGUACUAUCCUCCAGCAACUUGCAGCAAGCUUGCAAGUGGUGGGGUGCAUUUGAGGGACUGUCUUCAAAAUAUGGCUGACGCUUGUUGAAUGUGUUCUUUGGAGGCCAGUUAACUGUUCCUGGCUUGCUUACACCUCAGAAAGUACUAAUUUUUUCCUAUGCUUACCAAAUCCAAGAUACACACGGAUAACAGCUAAGCCAUUUUACGCUUGAAUCCUUACAGAAUUGUAGAAUUGUGGUUUCUACCCAUUUGCAUAGAGCUUUGUUUGUAAAUGCUUCUUUGCAUAAAAAGUUCCUCGCAUGUCCCAAGAACAUCCCUGCUGGUUCAGGCCAAAGGCCCGUUUCAUCCAACAUUCUGUUCUCACAGUGGCCGCAAGUAGGACUUGAGUACAACAUUACUUUCCACAGUUGAGAUUUCUAGCAACUGGUAUUCAGAAGCAUGAUCUCGUUGACAGUGUAGGCAGUACAUAGCCAUUGCGGCUAGCGGCCAAGAAUAGCCUCAUCGUCCUUUAAAGUUAUCCAUGUUGUGUGUCAUAAACUAGCAGAUUUAGGAGAAGACUACACUGCACCUUAACUCACAGGUGAUGCUGAAUUACUUUGUGCAGGGAACCUCUUCUGGAUGGAGAGCAUUCAAAACUGCGACCCGCUUUCUGGGUACAGUGUAGAAUAUUUGGCCCAUGGGCUCCCAGCUUAGAUAAAGGAAGCGGAGAUAAACUCAGGAAACUGAACGCUGGCAUUCUGCCAGCAUUCUGUCGGGUUGAAAAUUAUAGUAGGUGGUGGCACUGUUGAGAAAUACUGCCUUAUUUGAACACUGCACCAUAUGUACAUUGCAUUUUUGAAGCAAACGUUGAUAGAGGUUCUGGAGGGGGAAGGGGAGAGCGAGCUGGUUAAAGUGAAUAAGGGGUGGAGUAAGCAAACAUUGCAGUCUGCUCUUUUGCUCUGUCAGUCUGUCAACAUAGCAGUGACAAAUACUGCUUAUCAAACAUUAAACUGCUCCGGGCCCUGUGAAAAUGUAACUUCCAUUCCCAAAUGCCUUAUUCAAGGGAUUAAUUUCCAGAACUGCCGCAUUAUAUGCACCUUAGUCACAGGGAGUUAACAUGCUAUGCUUUGCUGGCCCAUGCCCAACUAGCUUAACUGAAAAAUCUGAAUUUCAAAGUCUCUUCUCUAUAGCCAGCCUCUGUUCCUUCAAAUUUAUUAGUGUUCUACAGGAAAUGAACAAAGGGAGGCUGAUGUUUCUGGAUGCGUUAAUCUUGUGCCCAUAUGGGAACAUUGCAGACGAAUGCAUGGCAGUUUCUAGGCAGCAAAUGCUUCGUUUCUUGGCACCUAAUUUAGCUGUUUUACAGAAUCAAAAGUGAAGUUGACCGUCUGUCUUGUGGUGUUAAUAGGUGCAGCUCAGACUGUAACAGACGAAUGGGAAACUGGGCAAGCAGGUUGCAGCCAACGUAUGGGUGGCCUGUUUUGAUGUUGGAAAUACCUUAGAUACAGAAUGUUGGAUUUUGAAUGGGCUUGGUCUCUUAGGUUUAAACUAUUGGAGUUGAUAUAUAAAACCACCCUUUGCCAUACACAAAGGUUUUAUCAACUGAAGAUUUCUUACAUUUUCAUUAGUGGGGUUUUUUUUUUUGCCCUUCCUGUAUCUCUUAUUUGUAGAUUAUAAAUUUGAUAGUUACGGACUUGGGAGUAUACAUAUCCACAUUAUACACAGUGUAGACAUCCAUGUAGAGGUCAGGAGGGUGGCAACACAAGAAUGGGCCUUCUCUGCAGUGGCUUCCUGUCUGUGGAAUGCUCUCCCCAGGGAAGUUCGCCAGGCACCUUCACUAUACAUCUUUAGGCACCAGACAAAAACAUUCCUCUUCAACCAGGCCUUUGCCUGACCUGACAUCCUAUACCCUUUUUAAAAUGCUGGCUCUUUUCCGGGGGAGGGGGGAAUAUCUGGUUUUUGUUUUGAUUUUAUGUAAGUGAUUUUUAAUCACUGAGACCUUCAGGUAUAGGGCAGUAUAAAAAGGCAAAGGACCCCUGACAGUUAAGUCCAGUCACGAAUGACUCUGGGGUUGCGGCGCUCAUUUCGCUUUACUGGCCGAGGGAGCCGACGUUUGUCCGCAGACAGUUUUUCCAGGUCAUGUGGCCAGCAUGACUAAGCCUCUUCUGGCAAAACCAGAGCAGUGCAUGGAAACGCCGUUUACCUUCCCGCCGGAGCGGUACCUAUUUAUCUACUCGCACUUUGACAUGCUUUCGAACUGCUAGGUUGGCAGGAGCAGGGACCGAGCAACGAGAGCUCACCCCAUCGCGGGGAUCCAAACCACCGAUCUUCCGAUCGGCAAGCCCUAGGCUCAGUGGUUUAGACCACAGCGCCACCUGCGUCCUCAUAGGGUGGUAUAGAAAUAAAAUAAAACUGUAGAGGACCCCAACAGUAUUUUUACACAUUUAUAAGAAGGGUAAAACAGCAAACCUUAACCUGCAGAGUAGUCGUUGUGUUAUUUCUGAUGUUUUGCCUAGUGCUUGUAUUAAGCCCUUGCAGAUUAACUGUAGUUAACUGAUUUACAGUAUCCUUGGUUCAAAAACUUGUAUUUUCCUGAAAUUUGUAGAAAAUAGAUUAGUUUGAAACACAGUAUGCUUAAGAGUGAAGCUAGCAAAAUACAAGUCCUUAUAGGGCAUGACUGGGCACAGGCUUUCAUCUAUAACAGGGCAGAGCAUCUUGGUAUCCUAGUAAAAACAGAAUAAUAUUUUAGCCUUUAAAUGCAGAACUUCUAAAAGCUUCAUGCCAAGGCUGCAUCUGCACAAAACCUGCUUCCGCUACCAGUUGGGAUUUCUCCUACCAGUUAUUUACUUGCCUCUACAACUUUGCUUGUAUAUACUGCCGAACAAUUUUAAGUAGAACUCUGGAGGUUUGGGAUAAGCUUUUGCUUCCUGGUGUCUGAAGAUAUGCAUGAUGAAGUACUAGGGGGCAGUUGUAUGUCAGACUCUGCUGCUGUAGUUUCUGGCUUGUAGCAAAUAUUGAAAUAAUAAACAACUUUUUCCAAUCUGUCCAAUCUCUCUAGGGUAGCAUGAAUGUUCAGGUGAGCUAUGGUGGUGAUCCCAUCCCCAGGAGUCCUUUCACUGUAGGUGUUGCUGCUCCACUUGACCUAAGCAAAAUUAAAGUUAAUGGCCUGGAAAACAGUAAGUAACUUAAGUAACGUGAGCUUUUUUAUUUUUUAUUUUUAACUCGUUUACAGAAUAAACUUAUCUGGAAUGGAGGUCAAGAUGCCAGUAGACUCCUGAAUUGACAGAUAUCACUGUUUUGUGUGUUGCGUAGAACUUCUGAGUUUGUUCAAACCUGAGAAUUUUGGGUGGAGAAGGGUGUAUGUAUAUGUUCUCACUGUUAAAUUGAAAUUGGCCGUUCUCUGCUUUGGAAAGAGCAGCCCAUUUAAGGCAAGUACUUGAAGCGAGAGUUCUGCCUGUAUUGGCAAUAAAAGAAGUUGCGAGCUUAAAGGUCAGCAUUGACCUAGGACUUUCCUUGGAUAAGUCCCGUUCAAUACCCAAAGUAUGGGGUAAGGGGGAAAAAAGUAAGGCGUUGAAGAUUUCCUGAGUUCCGCCCAUUAACCAUGGGGAAGCAGGAAUCGUUCUGGUUCUAAACCCUUCACCAAACCUUCCUGUAUGAUGUUUGCUCUUGCUGAAAUGUUGGUUGAAUACAGUGAGAUAAUAGUUUGGAAGGUAGUUCCCAUUUUCAUCUACUCCCCAUCUGCAAUCCCCAUCUACAGUCCCCAUCUGCAUCUACUCCCCAUCCAGUAUUUCCUUGGAAUUGGGGUUUCAGGAGUAAAGUGGAGAGGCAGGACAAUAGGAAACAGCAUUCCAUGAACAGAGGUCUGCUCAUGGGUUGGAUCCCAAGCAUGCUUUAUUUUUUAAAAUGGAUGCACUGAGGGUUAUGCAGAAUUUUAGGUUGGUGAUCAUGUAGCAUUCCAGAUCCCAUUUGAUGACUUCCUGGAACAUAGAUGUGGAGAUGAUACGUUUUGCUCUGCUACAGGCAUAGGCAAACUCAGCCCUCCAGAUGUUUUGAGACUACAACUCCCAUCAUCCCUGACCACUGGUCCUGUUAGCUAGGGAAUGAUGGGAGUUGUAGUCCUAAAACAUCUGGAGGGCCAAGUUUGUCUAUGCCUGCUCUACCACUUUUCUAAGCCAUUCCUUGAAUUGAUUGACUUUUAAAGAAGGUGCAUUUGAAUUUUAAGAACUUGAAAGACCUCCAGGCUCCUGAAGGGAGUGUUCUACUAUGAAAUACAUUGAGCUACAAUAAAGAGUUUUGCAUCAGUGAGCACUGGAGCUUAGGUUAACCAAACGUUAAACUACCUUCUCCAUUCUAGACUUCACAUGGCACAAUAAUAUUAUGGUGAGGCAAUAUGAAAAUGGCCUAUAUAAAAAAAGAGUACCUUUAAAUAAGUUCUCACCCUGCAUGUUGCGUUAUGUGACCUAUUGCUCUCUGUUGAUUUCCCCCCCCCCCAAAAAAAACCACACCUUUCAUGGCAUUAUUGGCACAGAGCAAAAUCCUGAAUGUUUCAAAAUGUGUGUGUUCCAGUGAGCUGCAGGGGCAAGUCUCCGUUCUACUGAGUUUGGGCGUUAACUCUGGGGUUGGCUUGGAAAAUGAAAUAGUAACUGUACAUAUUUUGGAAUGUACAGUCUCCCUAUGUUGUUGUAUUGAUAUCCGGUAUGAAUUUUGUUCUGAAUAUGCCCUAGGGUCAGUGUAGAGAAAGAGAACAUGCCAUAACCGAGUCUCCUUUCCUUUCUGAAGGAGUCGAAGUAGGGAAGGAUCAAGAAUUUCUAAUUGAUUCGAAAGGUGCUGGUGGACAGGGCAAACUCGAUGUGAACAUCUUCAGCCCCAGCAAGCAAGCCGUGCCAUGUCUUGUGGAGCCUGUAGUAGGCAAAGAGUGCAGCACUGCAAAGUAUAUCCCACGGGAGGAGGGCCUUUAUCUAGUUGAUGUAAAUUAUGAUGGGAAUCCAGUCCCAGGAAGCCCUUACGCUGUGGAAGCCACUCUGCCACCAGAUCCUUCCAAGGUAAGCUGUUGCUAACCCUUGCUACAUGGGUGGGUGAGAUUUGGAUGCUUCCAUUGCUUGGCAAGUUGUGAGGUAUGUGCAUUACACUGUUGAAAAGUGUGACAAAUGUUAUCUUUUAGCAGAAGCCCUUAGACGCAAAUUUGGGGCAUGGGCCCACAGACAGACGUGCAUUUGCUAACCUUACAUGAGUUUGAAUUCAAAUUUCACAGAAACUUAAACUUAUUAACCACCCAAAUUAUUUAAUUUGCACCCUCUCAGAUCACCCCAGAGUACUUCCUCUUCAGUUAAUUUGACCCAGUUUCCUAGCAGAUCCUCCUUCAAAUCAAAUUGCCCUUAUGCUAUCCCCAUUCAUUACUCCUUCAAAUAGUCUAUUGAUAUUUAUCCCCCACCAUUCAAUUUCCCUCAGAUUCAUUAUGGACUUAGAAAUGUUCCAAAAGAGGUUUAGUAAUAGCCAUGGAUCUUAAUUGUUUUCUCUCUUGGCGUUCUCAUAUGUUACAAAUUGGUAAAUUUGUUAGAUUGUGCAAUGAGUUGAUAUAAGACAUUACAAUUUACUCAGAAUUAUUUUGGAUCAUCUGUGAUUACGCAUUAAUGUUAGGCGUUUUGGUAACGAUCUAAGCUUCUGCGUUAUUUUAAUACAUGUUGAGCCUUGUAAUAGCUGGCAGGAUUAAAAGGCCUAUUUCGUAGUUCCUGUUGAAGAAAUGUUGGCAAUUUCUGAAGAAGUUAAUGAUAAAUCACAUGGGACUGUUUUAGCUCUUGUUUUCCUUUGUGUUGAUUGGGUCAACUCUCUUGCUUUCAAAACAGAUUAGAUUAAUGAGAAUCAAGUUGGCGGCAAUAUGCUAAUUAGGCCAACUGUUGUGCAAUGUUGCUACUUUUUCAAAAUCGAAGAAAAACAUGUUGAGCUUGAAAUCUUGCUGACUUGUGAUAACGAUAACUUGUGAUAGUGGUGAUAACAGUACCUUUGAACAGUAGAAAUACUGUUUGGUUCUUAUACAUCUAUUUAGUGACUGCAGACCACUAACAUAAGAGAACUCUAGAACUGGCUCCGAUCCCUUCCUGGCUAAAUACUUAAUUCAGCACUUUCUUGUCCUUCCCAGGUGAGAGCCUAUGGUCCAGGUCUUCAAGGAGGCCUUGUUGGAAAGCCUGCUGAAUUCACAAUAGACACCAAAGGAGCUGGAACUGGUGGUCUGGGGUUGACAGUCGAAGGCCCGUGCGAAGCCAAGAUAGAAUGUUCCGAUAAUGGGGACGGCACUUGCUCAGUUUCCUACCUGCCUACGAAACCUGGUGAAUACCUUGUGAACAUCCUCUUUGAAGACGUCCAUAUUCCUGGCUCACCUUUCAGAGCAGACGUUGAAAUGCCGUUUGACGCUUCUAAAGUAGUCGCCACAGGUCCUGGGCUUGAACGUGGCAAAGUGGGGGAAGCAGGCUUGCUACAUGUAGACUGCUCAGAAGCUGGGCCUGGGACUCUGGAUAUGGAAGCUGUAUCUGAUUCUGGCUCCAAGGCAGAUGUCGAGGUUCAGGAUAACAAGGAUGGAACCUACGCAGUUACAUACGUCCCUCUUUCUGCCGGGAUGUACACACUCAAGAUGAAAUACGGCGGAGAACCAGUGCCAAACUUCCCUGCACGGGUCAAAGUUGAUCCGGCUGUGGACACAAGUCAAGUCAAAGUGUUUGGGCCAGGAAUUGAAGGAAAAGGUAUGCCUUCCUUCGUUUCUCUUUAGGUUUGUAGCACUUGUAGAAUCUAGUUGGAAGGUACCCAAGAGUCAUCUAGUCCAUACCCCUGCAAUGCAGGAAUCUCAGCUAGAGCAUCCAUGACAGAUGACCACCCAAUCUCUGUUUAAAAACCUCCAAGGAAAGAGAGUCCACCACCUCUCAUGGGAGACUGUUCCACUGCCAAACAGCUCUUACUGUAAGAAAGUUUUUCUGAAUGUUUAGUCGGAAUCUCCUUUCUUGCAACUUGAAGCCAUUGGUUCGAGUCCUACCAUCCAGAGCAGGAGAAAACAAGCAUGCUCCCUCCUCCAUGUGACAGCCCUUAAGAUAUUUGAAGAUGGCUAUCAUAUCUCCUCUGUCUCCUCUUUUCCAGGCUAAACAUACUCAGCUCCUUCAAGCGCUCUUCAUAAGUCUUAGUUUCCAUACCCUUGAUCAUCUUGGUUGCCUUCCUCUCUGCACAUGUUCCAGCUUGUCAACAUCCUUCUUAAAUUGUUGUGCCCAGAAUUGCACACAAAAUUCCAAGUGUGAUCUGUUUAAGGCAGAUUAGAGUGGUACUACUUCUUCUCUUGAUCUGUAUAAAAAAAAUGUCCAGUAGCACCUUAGAGACCAACAAAGUUUGUUCUUGGUAGAAGCUUUUGUGUGCAUGCACACACUAUAUAGUGGUACCUCGGGUUAAAACACACCGGGUUACAGACUCUGCUAACCCAGAAGUAGUACCUCGGGUUAAGAACUUUGCCCCAGGAUGAGAACAGAAAUCGCACGCUGGCGGCACGGUAGCAGCAGGAGUCCCCAUUAGCUAAAGUGGUACCUCAGGUUAAGAACGGACCUCCGGAAUGAAUUAAGUUCAUAACCAGAGGUACCACUGUACUUUUGUUGUCACUCGCAUGACUCUUAACCUGCAUAUCCCAGUACAUGCUUAGAUGUGCCCCUGUCAGUUCACAGUGCUUUCCAGGAAAGCACCCUUCCCGCUACCAAAUCACAUGGCUCACUUCCUCAUUUCUGUGGGUUGAUAGUGACUCAUGAGACUGUAGGAAAGCACCCUGGCAAAAUAUGGCUUAGGUGAGCAGGUUUGCGAGAAACUGCUUGGUUGGGAUCAUUCUUGCAUGAUACCAUUUGAGUCUCUUGAGUACCAUUGCUGUCUCAGAGCGGCUAAACCUAUUUCCAUGCAGAAGCAUGGAAUUCUUGGACAUGGUUCUGCCCAAAACAAAGCUGUUUCCCAACCUUAUUUCAUAGAUGUUUUCCGUGAAGCCACCACCGAUUUCACCGUAGAUGCUAGACCCUUGACCAAGACUGGUGGAGACCAUAUCAAAGCUCAGAUUGCAAAUCCCUCUGGAGCUUCCACAGACUGCCUCAUCAAAGACAAUGCCGAUGGGACAUAUGCAGUAGAGUUCACGCCCUAUGAAAGAGGUAAAGUCUGCUAGUUGCUACUGACUUUGGGAGAAUAAGGGAGGAAAUAGAUCGUACUAAAUGGCACUAUUCUAUAUUUUAACACAAGUCAAAAGGCAGGCUUGCUCCAGGACAAGGGUAGCCAACUUGAUGGCUUCCAGACGCUGCUAGACUAAAACUCCCCAUCUUCCCUGACCAUAGGCAAUGCUGGCUGGCAGAGCCAUAGCUAGGUGAUCUUGCGCCCCUGGCAGAACCACCCAGAUUGUGUCCCCUAGCCAUGGACAAAUUAGCUCUUCUUUCCGCCUCUCCUCCAACCCCCCACCUUCUACCCAUUCAAUUCACCAUAAAUUUGAAACCAUUUCUUAUGAGGCAAUAAUCAGUAUUUAUAUUUAUGGACAUAUUUUUUGCCAAUUUUUCACCCCCCCCCAAUUGCCUGCGCCCCUGGUGGGGGCCAACCUCACCAACCCCUAGCUACGGUCCUGCUGGCUGGUGCUCAUGGGAGUUGUAGUUGAACAACAUGGGGAAGGCACUACAUGUUCUAGAGCAGGCACCCCCAAACUCGGCCCUCCAGCUGUUUUGGGACUACAACCCCCAUCACCCCUAGGUAACACAACCAGUGGUCAGGGAUGAUGGGAGCUGUAGUCCCAAACAUCUGUAGGGCUGAGUUUGGGGAUGCCUGUUCUAGAGUAAACUCUCUUGCAUUCUGAAAAUAGUUAAUUCAAAUAAGGUGGAAACUAAUGGUCAAACACCUGUGAUGUAACUUUUGCAAUGGUUCAGAGACUUCUCCAGUAAAAGUUCAUCUUCUGCUUGCAGGUCCUCACACUGUUGAAGUAACCUAUGAUGAUGUUCCUGUACUAAACAGCCCUUUCAGGGUUGAUGUUACAGAAGGAUGCCAUCCUUCUCGGGUGGUGGCCCAAGGAGCUGGGCUACAAGAAGCCUUCACAAAUAAACCAAACCCAUUCACUGUUGUCACUCGGUAAGUAUGAUGGACUGUUUUCUGAUAUGUUAAUGUGGGCAGAGUAAGCUGCGUAUUUGUAAAAUAAAGUUGGAAGAUCUGACUGUAGAUGCAUGAAGUAGAAAUUGCGGGUGUCCUUGCCUCUCCUCCCAAAGUAGCUGAUUGACAGGGACGUGCCAUGGGCUAGGUACAAAUAGCAAGAAGCAACUUAGAGAUCUUGACGUUACCACAGGCCUAAACAUUGUCAUCUUCCUUACAAACCCGCCCACACACCUUCAGCUCAUUGCUUUGAUUCUUGAUGACUUUCCCCAGACUGUCUUUGUGUGAUUCACACGCCUGCCAAGUAACGUCCUCACCAAUGACUUCAGAAUUCCCCAGGCUAAAUUGGACUUUAAACUGAAGAAACCAUUAAUCAAUCAACAUGUAGACCUACCUGCAUUACAGGUUCUUAUUCUUCUCAACUGUCUAGUAGGCUACUGUCAUUCUGAGAGAAUGCAGCAGAGAACAAUUAGUUGCAGUCAUGCAAAGCAAAGUGGGCUCUUGAGUUUAAAAUGCUGUAAUAGAAACACGUUAACUGUUCCCCCCCCCUUUUCUUAAAUGCUUGCAGAGGGGCUGGAAUUGGCGGCCUUGGAAUAACUGUUGAAGGACCCUCAGAAUCUAAAAUAAGUUGUAAAGAUAACAAGGAUGGCAGCUGCAGUGCAGAGUAUAUUCCUUACGUUCCAGGAGACUAUGAUGUCAACAUAACUUAUGGGGGCGAACACAUCCCUGGUAAGACACCUUGCAUUUUGAGGUUGGAUUCAAAGUAAAAGCCUGUGAAUGGACUUUCAUGCUAGAGAACACUUUUUUUUUUUUUAAGGAUGUUGUAAUGUAUAAUAAAUAAUGUACGUUGCAUUUGAAAAAGUCAACACAUCUUGCUUUUGCAAGAACAUUCCCAGUGGGAAUCAGGGUCUCAUAGCAGAGCCUUUAGAUUUUUGGGAAUACAAAGCAAAUAGCCAUAUUGACCUAUAACACAAUAGUAGUAUAUUUUGCUGCUCUUUGACCGCACAUAAGAAUUUGUCUUACACAGAGUCCACCUAGCUCAGUGUUGUCUACACAGUGUUGUCUUACACAGAGUCCACCUAGCUCAGUGUUGUCUACACUAACCGGCAGCAGCUCCCCAAGUUUUGAGUUUGGGGGGUAUCUCCCAGCCCUACCUGGAUUGUCCGGAGAUUGAGAAUCUGGGAUUUCCUGCAUGAGAAGCUGAUGCUUUGCCACUGAGCCACUGCUCUACCCCAAAUGUAUCUAAAGAUUUUGUGGUGGGUGCUAGAACCAACUUUCAGUGCCCCAAAACAUUUUUCUCACCUCAUUAGAGCAUCAAGUUCACAUUGCAUACAGUCCCAUUUCAAUUAAAAUUUAAUCCUUGUCCAUCUAAAUAGCCAGAUAAGGUGCCCACUUUUAUAAGGAUAGUCAUCAGUAGGGGACCAAGGGAGCAGUGUGAGAGGAGCUGGGCUCCUUAGGGGUGGCUGUUGACACACCUUUACACAAGUUGCUACAUUCCCCUUUGUACUGAGCUAGCACUUGCUUCAUUGGCAGGCAGUCCAUUUAAGGUUCCUGUAAAAGAUGUCGUUGACCCCUACAAGGUGAAAGUCUCUGGACCAGGCCUGGGAACAGCAGUCCGUGCCGGAAUUCCCCAGUCGUUUACUGUAGAUACCAGUAAAGCUGGGGUAGCACCACUUGAGGUUACAGUAACAGCACCCAGAGGUAAUGUGUUCCACUGCAGUCGCUUGAUAUUUCUUUUAAAUGAGUUGUAUGAUUAGCAGAAGUCAUCACUUGGAAGCACUUGAGUGGUAACUGGUAGGAGUUGUUGAAUUGGAGGUACUAAGAAAAAGUAGCGUCGUGUACAGUUCUGAAGUGCAAAGUUUUGGGUACUGCUGAUAUAGCUAUUAAUCUGUAGUGCUUCAGAAAGUUGGGAGCUUCAGUAAUCAAGGUGCUCCUUUAUAACUCAGUUGGGAGUCUUCAAGGCAAGUCUAGUGUUUAAACAGACAUGGGAGGACAGCAGUUUGAGUACAGUUGUAUCUUGGAAGCUGAAUGGAAUAUAUUCGGGAAGUCCGUUCGACUUCCAAAACCAAAUUGAAGCUUCUGAUUGGCUGCAGGAAGCUCCUGCAGCCAAUCAGAAACCGCGGAAGCCCCAUCAGAUGUUUGGGUUCCAAAAGAACGUUUGCAAACUGGAACCAUCACUUCUGGGUUUGCGGUGUUCAGGAGCCAAACGUACGAGUUCCAGGGCGUUCAACAACUAAGGUACGACUGUACAUGAAACUUGGAGUGGAGCAUAUCUGGUCAUUGAACGAACUUCUUGCACUAAGACAAUAUGGUGUUCAACCAACAAUCCCGCUAACAAGUCAUUGUAAUCAAAUCUUGCAUAGAAAGCGGCAGGCAGGAGUAUUAAUAUUUGAUUGUUUUCAUGAUGUAUUGAUUUGCAUUUUUGUUCUGUUGUGAGCUGCUAUGAGAAUAUAAAUUUAAAUAAUAAAAACAAAUGGUACAUGCAGAUCCAAAUAUAUUAAUGUUGGGGUUUUGUUUUUAAAAAAAUCAAGGUAGCUCAGGUAAAAAUAGUACUGUAUACUCUUAGGGUGGUGAGAAAUGGCCUGGGAUCAUCUGACAGCUGAACGGGGGGAUCUGCGUUUUGAAACACUUCUUGGCUACCUUGAAGGGCCGCUUACGACCUGUUAAAGAUACACCGCCGCUUACUUUGUAUUUGUGAAUGCACUAGAAAAUGUUAAGGUGGUUAAAUCUUUGGCAACAAGUUCAUUGAGCUGCCCUUGGUCCUAUCCACUCCUGUGAGACGUAAGUGUCUGGCUGCCUUCUCUGUGAAGUGCUCUGAUCCUUGAUAAGAGCGUGGAGAAAGAUUGAGGGAGGAAAGGAGACAGAGGUGAAGGCCUGAGGAAAACGCUGUGAGGGGGUGGCUAGGAAACAAGGGUUGGAAGAAGGAACAGUCUGGUGGGAUGAGGGCUAGUGGAAGAAGCCUAAAGCAAUUCUGAUGUUACUAGAUGCUAAGCACUCUUGCAUGUCAACUAUCUAACAUUGCCAGAUAUAGAAUGCGAAUGUAUUGAACCUCAGAUGAAUGAAACCCUCCCCCCCCUCCACAAAUUGUAGUUGGGUCCCCUCUCUUACCUCAUUCUUCCAGUUACUGAAGACCUAACAGGCUUUUAUUUAAUGUGUUCUGAGUACUGCAGACUUAUGCAAGAAUACUUGAGUACGUAAAAUACUUCUUGGAGCAAGUACGUUUCAGCUGUUGGCAGAUCUAAUUCAGCUUCAUCUUAAGAAGUCUUUCUUCACUGAAGUUGUGAAAGCAACUCAGCCCAAGGGCCAGGGGAGGCAAUGGCAUUUGGAAUUAAAUUGCAUGUACACUGCACACUGUGAACCUAUGCUGAAUGGGAUGCACUUGGUCUAACGUAGCCGUUGCAUGAAUAAACCACCUUUUGUGUAAUUGGUUUUAAGGCAAACAUGUCUCAAGGGACAACUGACAGAGCUCUGAUUUUGUAUUACUAAGUUAAUAGCUUUUUAAUUCUAGCUGAUGAGCCGGAUACCCAGUCAUGGCGCAGUCCGCUGAAAGCAAUUUCAGAGUUCUUUAAAGGUGACCCACAGGGUGAAUCUAAUGAGACAGGUUUGAACUUUUACUAACUAAUUACCUGUGCCUCCAGCAAAUCUUCUAAACUGUAUAAAGUGCUGCUGUGAAUGAGCUUGAACUUCUGUGCUUAACUGCCGCUGUACGAUUAAUUCUCCACUGAGUUAUCCUUUUUACUAAACAAUUCCUUGUUUGAUUUAUAUGCACACUUACUUUGGUCCUUGAUCUAAAUUGUAACUGCAGGCAGUUCUAAUCAUGUUUGCAACUAACCUUGUGAAAUAGCUGCAUGUGCAAAUCCACAUAUCUUGAUUUUCUGGGAAUAGGUCCUUGGAGCUCUUCUUACCUUGAACUAGCCGAUCAUAACACUUGUUUGGCAGCACCAAAUUUUGUUGACUGCGCUCAACUUCUCAAUGUCAUACUGAGGGGUAGAGCCUAAAGAAGGCAGGGUAUUUUUUUCCAUUCUGCACCAGUUUUCAUAUAUUUAUUCAUAUGUCAGUUUGAUCCCAUUUCUACAUUAAUCUGCAUUUUUAAUAUAAAAAAGCACGAGCAUUUGUAUUCAAAUACAUAUUGUCAUAAUAAAUACUUUAAAAUGCAUAUUUUAUCAGUUUCUCAACCUUUUAAAUGCUAAAAUAUGCAGUUUAAUUUUUUUACACAUUUUGCUGUUUUUGAGAAGUGUAUUGCAAAAUUUGGAGAGCUGUUCUGAUCUUUGUAUUAAUCUGGGAGGUGCAAAUUGAUUUGGUUUGCUCAUCGAUGCAGACCAAAUAAAUCUCUCCUCCAUGCCUGGGUUAUAACGAAAGUUACUAACUAUUCCUGACUAACACGCAGUACUGAAUUGGAUGUUGAGCCUAAUCAGUAGUAGUGUUCAAAUAAAAAAAGUCUUCCUUUUUCUGGAAGCUUAUAUUUAAAUGUGUCCGAUAACUGACCUAACCAGCUGUAUAAUUUUGGAACAAUAAAUCACUCCAACCCCUAUUUGAUGGGGGUUUCUUAGCUUACAGCCAUUGGAGUUGAGCCAGCCAAGGAACUGCUAGUGAUUUCACCUCUCUCUAAUUGAUGAGGUCACAGACUGGGAAUGAUAGGAAUAAAUUGGCUUAUCUGAACAGACCACAAAGCAGAUGUCUCUGCAGAUUUCUUGCAAAGCUUUAAAUCAGCAUUGUGUGUGUGUGUGUGUGUGUGUGUGUGUGUGUUGGUGCUCAAAGCGGCAAAAAUUGCUCGUGUGUCAUUGAGGCCUUUGAUGAGAAGGUGGCCAAAGGAAUUGAAAUGUGGUCUUUUUACUACUUAGGCUUGGCAGAACCUGUAAAUAUAGUUGACAAUGGCGAUGGCACCCAUACAGUAGCCUACACACCUACGAAAGAAGGUCCCUACACAGUUGCAGUAAAAUAUGCAGAUGAAGAGAUUCCUCGCAGGUAAGAGUGGGGUGCAGGAAACAAAGCUUAUUGUGCAAACUGCAGUGCUGUUGGUUGGCCUCCAGAUUUGAGGUGGGUUGCAUUGUUGAUCAUGAGCUUAGUCUUUGCACUUAGUUUUGGUAAAGAGGCUUUAAAGAAAUGCUUCUACAGCAAGGACUUGGUUCCUCCUGGUGGUUGUCAGAGAGGGGGAAGAGGCUACAAAGUGCUGUGCAUUUCCUUGAACUGUAGAAUCUAGCAAACAUUCUGUAACUAGCCCAGUGUUUGCUUCUGCCAAGGACCAGCUUGUUUAUUUAUGUGCUGCUAUUAUUGCUUGAAUGCCAAAAUAGGCUUCCGAGAAGAUUUACAAAGCACCAAAACGAGUUACACAAACAUUAAAAUGCAAGAGCCCGUCGCUGAAAGGCACAAUGAAACAACACAGCAAUUAAAAACUGGUCUAAAGAUCUCUAGGGAAUGCCUGUGUAAACAGAGGUGUCUGUCCCACUCUCUUCUCCAAAUGUCUAGUAGGUUUAUACAUAUAGUAAUGAGUGGUUCCCUAACUCCUACAUCAAAAAGGUUCAGUGACUAAUCCAGUGUCUGGCCUUCGACAGUAAUCUCGUACCUUUGUUUAACCUUCAGAAAUACUUUCUUCAUGCCGGUGAGGCAUCUGCUUACAUAAACAUUCAUGAUCUUCAGUGCUGAAAUAUGUCGCUCUGUUCUUUCAACAGCCCGUUCAAAGUUAAGGUGCUUCCAACAUACGAUGCCAGUAAAGUGACGGCGAGUGGGCCAGGGCUAAGCUCCCAUGGGGUUCCUGCCAGCAUGCCCACUGAGUUUGCUGUUGAUGCUAGAGAUGCAGGCCAAGGACUUCUCUCAGUGCAUGUGACCGUAAGAUACAAUUUCUUCCUACUGUUGACCAUUUAACACAGGAGCUGAAUCUUCACAUGCUGAACUCAAAGACCUCUGGUAUUUUGAGUAGGAGAACUAGAAUGUUUCCUUCUGAGCAUCAGUGGGGGUUCAACAGGGCAGACCUCCAUUCAGCAGUGCCCUUAAAGCUUUCCUUUAAAAGUAUCAGUUGGCAAACUUCGCUCGCUUUAUAUAUCACCCAAAUUUAGCAAGGCUACUGUGUGCCGACUAUUUCUAGGCAAAGCUUGUGGCUCCUAAUAGAUAGAGGAUGCCCUGGACAUAGCACAGUGCUUUUUGAUGUGAACUAUUCCUAGCCUUUUCAGAUCCCCAUAAACUAGGCCAGUCUGCAGUUUUCACCAUGAAUGAACAUAGACAAGGUUUUGUGGAAGGGCCAGUACAUACUUCAGAGGUAAUCAUAGCUGUUCUGGGCUCUGUUUCAAGGCAGCUUUGUCAUGAGCAUUUGCAAAGACAAACCUUGGUUUCGAGGGGUGCUAGUUAACCCCCACAGCGCAUUAAAGAUGUUAAAGCAAACAAGUAUGUAUUAGCCAGAAUAAUGCAUGGUGCCCCACUCCCCUGUCUAAGAAGCAGUGCUAUGAAAACUUGUUAUACAAAUAUAAUGGAAGAGUAGAGCUUGCAUUUUACCCAGAGGACCUUUGACUUGCAGCUAUUAGUCAAAAACUGCACAGAUACAACACCAAAAAGCUGUCUGGUGGCAUUAUGAUAUGCAGUAGUCUUGCAUUAGACUCCUGUUUCAGUAUAAACCUAGACCAUUCUUAAUCAAGAAGAAACAGGUUAACAAAAAUGACUGCUUCCAGUGUAACAUGGAAAGUGUUUGCAUUACCCACAGAAGCAAGCCAAUUGCACAUUGCUCAUCCAAAGCCUGUGAUAUUUCUUGCAGGAUCCAGGCAAUGUGGAUAUUUACUGCCAAGUCUUGUCCUAAGGAUUUUUUCUUGUCACAAGAUUGGCUUUUACAGGCAGCAACAAAUCACAUUCGUUUGAACUUCCAUGUCAACCUCAAACUGCCCUUAGAUUGCUUAAAUACCAGGUCCCCUUGAAAAUAAAAAAAACCAGCAUGUUAUAGAAACUGUCAAGUUCAGGAUAGAUGUAAACCUGAAUGUCUGCUGUUUUUAGAGCUUAUGCUCUGCGUCUUCUUUGUGAUUGAGGCUUUCUUGCUGAUUGUGGCUUCGCUUCUGGCAUUCAGGACCAAGAAGGCAAACCAAAGAGGGUUGACGUCCAAGACAACCAAGAUGGCACUUAUGCAGUGACUUACCUCCCUGACAAGACUGGUCGCUACUCAGUUGGCAUUAAAUACGGUGGGGAUGAUAUCCCCCUUUCUCCAUAUCGAAUUCGUGUGUCACCAGCAGGAGAUGCUAGCAAGUGUCAGGCAACAGGUAAAUUCAUUCUGUUUUCUCACUGUAAGCAAGUGUUUUAUAAGAGUACUGGAGUCAGGCAAGCUAUGCAAACUGCUCUCCUAAAAGCCUUCGUACAGAUAUAUUGAAGUGAAAUGGGCUACCUGCCCUAUAUGAUCAGCACACAUACUUAAACAGUAACUUAAACAGUAAAUCUGUAUUUGUGCCAAGAUAGCAUUUUGAUGUACAGCCUUUAAACAAACAAAAUGCCUUGCACUAGGUCUGACUUUUGGUUCAUCUAGCUUAGUUUUGCCUUAAACUGACUGGCAGUGGUUUCAUGUAAAGGGCCUUCUCAGCCCUACCUGGAGAUGCCAGGGAUUGAACCUGAGCCCUUCUGCAUGCAAAGCAGAUUCUCUACCACUGAGCUGCACCCCUUCCCCAUGCACAGUGAUUCCCCUUGGUGAUUGCAGCUUGAUGCAAGAAUAAGUGGAGCCCAAAUGUUUGCUGCAGAAUUAGUUCAAAGUGGAGCCUGUGGCCAGAUGCCAACCGUGGGCCCCCAAUAGGCAUCUUUCAAGCACAAAGAAUGUGGAAGUGUUGGUAAGCUUGCCAGUCUCUUAGGAAAGCAUCCAUUACAGCCUGAAGCAAAGCUCUAAUGCUAGAGCCUAGGGUUGACUGCAGGGAAAGACCAUGUUUGCACCAAAGGAAUGACUGCACUGUUGCCUUGAUCCACAGUGGUUCAUUUCUGGUAGGGUGUAUGUCGUGACAUCUUCUUGUUGUUUAAAGGCAUUAAGGGGGCACAGUGGGCUUCAAGGGAAAGAGCAGCUGUCUCUGCUGUGAUAACCACCUACUUCUUUUCACACUCCCCACCUUACAACCAGGAACCUGUCGUUUGAAAGCUGACACAAGGAUCAUGCUUUCUGCAUGAAUAAAGCUUUGUGUUGCUCAUGCAGAUGGCAAAUUGUGCAGGGCUCCUUUAAAGUUAAGCCAAACUACUUUAGUGUUCACAAACUUACAGUCCUCUCCUUAUCAAAGUAUGCUGUGGUCCCCUGAUAAAAAUUCUCAUCUGUAAAACAUUGCUGUCUUGUGUGAAAAAUGCUUUUGAUGUGUUACGAGUGCCAGAUAAAGGAGAAAUGGAUCUGGAGGUGCAAAUGAAUCUCUUCCCCACUUCAUCCACCUCCACAUGCACCCAGGGGGACCUUGCGCUACAGCUGGGGUGGUUUGCAAAGGUUUCAUGACAAAAGCCUGAUUUAGGCUUGCUUGUCUGCAGAAGUUUGGAUUAACUUGUUGUGUGUUUCAUAAUGCAGGUGUCCAAAAGGAAACUGCACAGGACUUUCUUAGCAGAAGAUAUGAGAAUCUGCCCUGAUGCUCACCAUACCAUUUAUCUCCUAGGUCCUGGCAUUGCAGACACAGUGAAGUCAGGAGAGGAAGUAGGCUUUGUAGUUGAUGCUAAAUCUGCAGGCAAGGGCAAAGUGACGUGCACUGUCCUGACACCAGAGGGUACAGAAGUCGAAGCAGAGGUCAUUGAAAACGAGGAUGGAACAUACGACAUCUAUUAUACAGCUGCUAAACCAGGAACCUAUGUAAUUCAUGUCCGCUUCGGUGGAGUGGACAUUCCAAACAGCCCCUUCACUGUCAUGGUAAGAUGCCUGGCUUUUGGUUUUGAAACCCUUUGCGUGAACUUAAGAGUAGACUGAUAAGUAGUGAGCAUGUUAGCUUUAAUAAGUCACAUGAAGUUUGACACAGUCGUUUGCAGCCUGUUAGUCCAAUCCUUAUCAAGAGUAAUGAGAAGAAAGUUCUGUUGAGUUCAGUAGGACAAACUCACAGGUAAGUGGCCCUAGGAUUGCAGCCUAAAUUAGCAUUUGGAGUGAGCUGAGUGUUUUGCCUAUGUGGUUCUUGUGGACAAAGAAGUGUUUUUUCGGCUAUGAGAAAUACUACCUCACAAAACCCUAGUGUCGGAUGCCAUUCUUCUGUUCAGAUCUGCUGUUGUACCACUUUCCCCCUUGUUCAGGGCUCUUUGCCGUUGUGGUCCCAGCUAGUUGUGAGCAAUAAGUCAGCCCAACGCAGAGUGCGUGCGCAAGAAUGGAGUUCCGCCACAAAGGGCUUUGGGGCACAUUCUCAUUUCAUGCGGAAGAGAGGGAAGGUGGCUAGCUUGGAAGUGCCACGCAACCCUUGCAUUCUGCUUCUGGUGCUUUCACCUCUCCCACGCUGUGCGUGCCACAGAACCCUAUGCAUAUGUACCUCUAAGUUGCGAUGUUUUUUAUAAGCUCUAUGAAUGAAGAGGGUUUUUAAAACUAUACCUUGCCUUUUGCCACUAACUAGGCUACAGAUGCAGAUGAAGUUGCAGUGUUGUCUCAGGAGCCCCUAAAUGCGGCAUGUCCCCCUGGAUUCCAUCCCUGGGUACCUAGUUUUGUUUUUUUACACUGUCUUCCGUGUUCCAUGCAAGAGUUGACAUCCUGCCUCUUGGGUCUGUUUGAGCUUGCUUUCUUGUCAUAUCUUACUGGUGAUCAAAAAGCUACUUUGGGGCAACUUGGGUUUGAUUCAGAACCUUCCUUCAUAUAUAUAUAUAUUUAACAACUCUUAACAUCACAAUCAUUUUAAACGGUGCAUCUGUGCUACUUUGUCCUUAGGGAGCUAUUUUCUUCUUGACUUCAGAUGGUGAACGGCUUCUUCCUAGAGUAUUGUCACUGACCAUGUUGCUCUGGCUUUAUGUUUUGGUUUCUCUUCUGCUUUAAAAAAACCACAACUUUCUUCCAGACCAUAGCCAGCUUCAGUGUUCCUUUGGACGGAGCUAUCCUUGCAUCUUUUACUCUUCCAUUUUGUAUGUUUUUAAAACUCUCUUCUGAAUGUUUUUCACGUUAAACAAUGAAUGGGAGCAGAGCUUUGUGUGGUGGUCAGCAGUCCGCAGUUGAGUGGUGUCUUCAUUCUGGAUGCAACUGUCUGGACUGACCAAAAAUAGCUAAGCAAACUGUUUUGUGCUAGAAUGACAAUAACUUUUUCUCCACAAUAGGUCACGGAAGAAGCUUAUGUUCCUGAUGGUGACAUGAAUGGUCUUGGGUUUAAGCCCUUUGAUAUGGUCAUUCCUUUUGCAGUAAGAAAAGGAGAAAUAACUGGUAAACAAGCUUUCAGCACACAGUUGAUCACUCUCUUUAAAGCAGUGGUGAGGACCCUGUGGCCCGCCAGAUGUUGGGCUCUUAACUCCCACAGUCCCUGACAGCUGGUUGGGGCUGAUGUAGGUUAGAGGCAACAUCUGGAGAGCCACAGAGUCUCCAUCCCUUAGUUAAUGUCAAGGAAAAUGCCUUGCCCCCACCUGUCUUAUGAGUGCCCCUUGCAUGGCUCAGUAGUUUAGCUUUGUAAUACAUUGUAGUAGAAGCAUAGAUUUCACCCUGCAAGAUAAUCUUUCAAAAAGAUUGUGCUAUUGUUUGGCCUUAGCAGAGCUGGGAGGAGAUAAAAAUGAAGCCCUCCUAGAGUAGCCAUGAUUGUCCUGUCCUUGUGCCCCACUGCGCAAGUCUAUUUAAUCUGCUCUUAAGCAUCAUCCAGAGCAACAGCUCUUGAUUGGGGCCUUCGAUUAUUAUUUCUUAUUAUUUAUUGAAUUUCUAUAUUGCCCUUCAUCCGAGGAUCAUGGAGCGGUUCACAAUAUAAAAACACAAAAAUACAUACCAUAACAAUUAUCAUUAUUGUUAUUUAUUGAAUCUGCAUACCGCCCUUCAUCCGUAGAUCUCAGGGCUGUUCACAACAAAAACAAGAAAAAGCCUUGUACAAAAUGCUAAAACCAAAGCGCCUGAAAAUAAUAUCCCACCCCUACACUGUUAAAAAGGCCAUAGAUUGUUUAAUUAGCCAAAGGUCUGGUUGAAGAGGAACAUUUUUGCCUGGUGCCUAAAGGUGUUACAAUGAAGGUGCCAGGCGAACCUCCCUGGGGAGAGCAUUCCACAAGUGGGAAGCCACUGCAGAAAAGACCUUUCUCAUGUUGCUGCCCUCCAGAUCUCUUAUGGAGGAGACUCACAGAGGAGGUCCUUUGAUCAUGAUUGCAAGGUCCGGGUAGAUGGGGAAAGGCUGUCCUUGAGGUAUUGCAGUCCUGAGCUUGAAAACAGUCAGCUUUGGCAGGCCAUGGCAAACUCUAUAGAGAGUUGUAGAUGCCACCAGACCUUGAUGGCUUGAUGGAUUUUGUCUGUCUAAGCCAACCUUCAAGGACACGACUUGUGUUAAAAAAUAUUAGCGUGUUAUACUCUGGUUGUUAUCAGAAGAAUAAAUGGAUCUCCAAGCUUCAGUGCAGGAGAAUUUUUGGAAGUGCUUUCAAAGAAAUGCAGGGAAACCUUUGCACCUUUGUAUAACCUCCCCUCCCCUGUUUAUAUGAGUGAAAGGGAGGGCCCCAAUACCAUGCGGAUUUGAGUGUGAAAACACCAAAACACAUGGCUUUGCCUUUUGAAGUAUUGUGCAGUUUGAGUUCAGUUUGAGCCUUGUGUUUUCAGGGGAAGUUCACAUGCCCUCGGGGAAGACUGCACCAGCAGAUAUUGUUGAUAACAAGGAUGGCACUGUAACCGUCAGCUAUGCCCCUGUUGAGGUUGGAUUGCAUGAAAUGCAUAUCAAAUACAUGGGCAGUCAUAUUCCAGGUGAGUGCCAGCUGAUCUCAAAUCAGCACUAUGUUAUGUUACAAGAACUCGGCUGUUGUUGAUUUGCUGCAUUUGCCGUUGUUGAGGGCUUCAUUUAUUCACACUUUUUCUUCAAUUGUGGACACUUCAGUCCUAUGAGUUGCCUUGGUCUAGGGUUGUAUUGCAUGCCUCGUAUGGUGAAGGCAGCUGAGUGAAGGCAGGAGGAAUUCUUAGUGGGUUUACAGCCUGUGCCAGACUUAAAACAGAUUUGGCUUUUGUGGACAGAGUUUUGUGGCCUUACUUUUGCAGUUAGCUUGGAACUUAUAAUUAACUUAUUUUAGUGAGGAGGUACUACAACUAGAAUUGAGAAAAAGUUUUGAAAUGCAUGUGUAAAAUAUUAGGUCUCCUUUGCUUAAACUAUAAUCUGUGGAAAGGAUCAAGCUAUAAAGAGCUCAGCCCAAUUUCCUAGUGAAGUACUUAUGUUGCCAGUUUUGACUGCCUGCGCCACUUUUGCUGGCUGACUCGCAUGCAUCGUCUUCAUUGAGAAGUUGUAAAAAUGAAAUCUGAAUACAAUCCAUCUGGCUUCCCCCCCUCCCCCGCCUCCUCUCUUAAGCCAACACUAUUAGCUAGCUUAAGGUUUACUACUUGGCAAGAAUUUUCAAUUAAUUUUAUCUGGGAAAAUGGACAAAUCCCUGGUAGUUCAGCUUUUGCAUACAUAUUCUCCUGGCUUACUGGUAAGAAUUCUGCAUGGAUAUUUUUCCUCUUUGGCAUGCUGGUGCUUCGGGGGUCAUACUUUGUGCCUUUCUGCACCUGUAGUGCCGCUGCUCAAAUAAUUUUUAUUACAUCACUUAGUUUUGUGACUAAGCAGCUUUCUAAAUAAAUAAAACAGAAAGAGGUGGAUGUCCUGUUCCAUACUACCUGUGUGUACAGCUCCCUAUCUACUCUUGGAAGUGGCAUUGCAGGUUUCUGCCCAUGUCAAAAGGGGCUUUUUGUUCCUUGAACUGGGGCACAUCUAGACAAACUGGAGCCGGCUCAUAGCUUUUGAGGACAGGGACACGUUCAGCUAUUUCAGCUUCGAAGCCUGUGGCAGAGCUAGAAAUAGAAGCGCCAGUUAAGUCCCAGCCACAAGAACAGUCUGCAUAAAUCUGGACUUUUUUAUUAUAAAAAAAAUAGCAUUGGCUUUUUUAGGUGCUCCGUGAUGACUGGUUUAGUGAAUCUCUGGCAAACUCAAACUUCAUUGGCAGCAACCAGUUGAUAAAUUUGUAAGGAAUAGGAUCCUUUACAUGGGCAUGACUGAGGACCUGCUCUUUUCUUGCUGGUAGAAAGCAACUGCAUGGGAUGGUUGGAGUUCCUGCUGUGUGGAUGUAUAAACUGGGAGGUGUAAGGCAAAGUCCUGUGGGAGACUUUGAUGGUUGGGUGCUGCAUAUGUUAAUUAUUUGCAGUAGUAGGCUUUCUAGAGUGCUCUAGUAGACUUUGGGGCAGUGAAUAAAUGUGCAACCUAAAUGGAAACUAGUGAAACACGGAAAUCAGAAGAGGAUAAAGCUACUGGAACUGAGCAGAAUGCUUGAAAACUUUCCUAAAUGCUCAUGAUUGACAGUGGAUCUUGCAUUUAAUUUCUUGCAAGGCUCUCCAGCAUCAGAGGCAUCAUGCCUCCAUAUAUGAAUGGCUGGACAACUGCAGCACAAGAGAGCAAUUGCCCCCAUGUCCUCCUGCUUGUGGGUUUCCUAGAUAAGCAUCUGGUUAGCCACUGUGGCAAAUGGAUGCUGGAGUAGAUAGAUCUUGGUCUUAUAUAGCAGGGGUCUUAAUACGUAGCAUUCUCUGUCAUACGGAAGGGAAUAUAGGGAAGAACUGAAUCAGUUCUGUGUGUGCAAGCUUAAGACGUAUUAAAUUGCUGAGUAAACACACAAAUUUAUAUUCAUUCUCUUUGGAGAGAUGUACAAAAAGAUGUUAAAAUAAUUUAAAUAUCCUAUCUCAAGUGUGUUUAUGCAUAGUUUUUCAACCUUUGCAGAGAGCCCUCUACAGUUCUAUGUGAACUAUCCCAACAGUGGAAAUGUAACUGCUUACGGACCUGGCCUUGUCUAUGGUGUAGCAAACAAGCCAGCAACCUUUACCAUAGUCACAGAAGAUGCUGGUGAGGGUAAGUGGUCUAUUCCAUAGUCUCUGAAGAAUUUACUUGACAUGAAUCCUGUCUGAUUUUUGGUGGAAUGUUUAACUUCCAUGUAAGCAUGCCCCAAAAUUUAAAUUCCGAGGUGGAGCUAUAAUCAUACUUCAUAGAGGUUGAAUAGAAAUAAUUCAUCAUUUUCUUCAUUUCCCCAGUAACUUUAGGGAUCCAUAAAUAUACCAGUGCAUGGUUCAACAUAGCAUCACUAACAGAUUGUAUUUCUGAAGCAUUUUGCAGAUUACAUGAUGUGUUACAAUUGUCCCAUCUAACAUUAUGGUGACCCUAAUGGUGGGUUAGGCUGAGAGCUACCCAAAGCCACGAAGUGAGCUUUGUGGCUGAGCUUGGAUGUGUACCUGCAAGUCCAAAUACGAUUCUGGACACUGAACCCUCCUUUAGGAGAAACGUAGGUGUUUCUGUAUAGAGCCAUAGAGUUGGGACCCAGCGUCUUACUGCCCUUGUAGUCCAACCCCUUGUUUGCAGCAGGAAAUUCAGAGCUGAUUACAGUCAGUUUGACACAGACUUAAUUCCCUUAUUUCAAAGUUGCUUGCUUUCACUCCCAAUAAAACAUUUUUGAAACUUGUAUAUGACAAAUGAGAUCUUCAGAGGGCUAGCCAUGAUGCUCAAUGCAAGCAGGGCUCCCCACAUCUGGAACGGCAACUUGGUUCUUAAUUGAAGUUCACUGAUUUUUAUUUCAGACCAUGUCUUGAAAAAUGUAAGUUUGAGAAUUCUUUUGGCACUUUUUUCUCCAACGUGACAGGUGGCUUGGACCUAGCGAUUGAAGGUCCCUCCAAGGCAGAGAUCAGUUGUAUUGAUAACAAGGAUGGCACUUGCACCGUGACUUACUUGCCAACUCUUCCAGGAAACUACAGUAUAUUAGUCAAAUACAAUGAUAAACACAUCCCAGGAAGCCCAUUCACUGCCAAAAUCACAGGUACGAGGAGCACUUGAAACAGCUACAAUGGGCCUAAAAGCUUUGUGUUUGCAAUCCGUUGCAUUUAGUAUAAAUUUAUAUAAAGAAAAGACUUGCCUUCAACACUCAUACUCUGUGUAGACUGCAAACGGAGAACUGACAACUUGUUUUUAACCAUGUGAUGAAGUCAUGUUGUGUUUAGCUGGCUUUUGCCCAGUAAUUUAGUAUGAAUUCCAGAAACAAAAGGUUCCCUGCAAUAACUUCUGAGCUGUCAAGUGUUGUCCAGUUACUGUCCACUAGAGUCCUGGUUUCGUGGAGCAUAAAUUUGCAUUUGUAAGCAGCAUACAUGUCUUCUGAUUCUCAUCGAUGCUUUCUUUGUAAAUUUAAGUGGAAAGGCAUUUGGAUGGUUUGCCCAGAAUGUUAAGAUCCAGUAAUGUUAAUAUCUAGUAGUGUUUUAAUCCAAAGUCCUAAUGGGAAAUUUUCCUUCUUAAAGAUGACAAUAGGAAGCAAUCUCAAGUUAAACUGGGCUCUGCUGCUGACUUCCUGUUAGACAUUAAUGAGACUGAUCUUAGCCUCUUGACAGCCAGUAUUAAAGCCCCAUCUGGCCGAGAUGAACCUUGUCUUCUGAAAAGGCUACCCAAUAACCACAUUGGUAAGUCUUAAUCAUCUUCUAGGGAGGCUGCUGUAUUGGUUGUGUGGUGCUGGCAGGGUGGUCUUGGGGAAGCUUGCGAGCCUGGGCCACAAUUGGAAUCAAAUAAUACUUUUAAUUUGUGGCUAGAGUGGGAUUUUGAUGCCACAAAUAAUAUUUAAUGCCAGCUAUCUUCCAGGGACGCGGGUGGCACUGUGGGUUAAACCACAGAGCCUAGGACUUGCCGAUCAGAAGGUCGCGGUUCGAAUCCCCGCGGCGGGGUGAGCUCCCGUUGCUUGGUCCCUGCUCCUGCCAACCUAGCAGUUCAAAAGCACAUCAAAGUGCAAGUAGAUAAAUAGGUACCGCUCCAGCGGGAAGGUAAACUGCUCUGGUUUGCCAGAAGCAGCUUAGUCAUGCUGGCCACAUGACCUGGAAGCUGUACGCCGGCUCCCCCAGCCAAUAAAGUGAGAUGAGUGCUGCAACUCCAGAAUGGGUCACGACUGGACUUAAUGGUCAGGGGUCCCUUUACCUUUGCUUUUACCUUUACCUAUCUUCCAGUUCUGUAUUGUGAUUUGACAGUGUGUGUGGAGGGAGGGGGGCCAAAAGAUAAAGUGUGAAGUCACAAAUUUGUCUUGCUGCUAACCUCUGUCUGGCAGGUAUCUCAUUCAUUCCACGGGAGGUGGGAGAGCACCUGGUUAGUAUUAUGAAGAAUGGGAGCCAUGUCCCCAACAGUCCGGUGUCCAUUAUGGUGGUCCAGUCUGAGAUUGGUGAUGCGAGCAGAGCAAGGGUUUCUGGACGUGGCUUGGUCGAAGGACGCACGUUUGAAAUGUGUGACUUCAUUGUAGAUACAAGAGAUGCAGGUCAGUACUGGGGUUCCUGGGCUGCCAGAGGGUAUCUAAGGGAUGCCUGUGGGCUGCGGGUUGCCCACCUGUGAUGUGGUUGAUUCGCUGUUGCCGUUCUCUGAUCAUCACAGCAACUGAGCAGAACAAAAUUGCCUCUGACUUGUAAAUUGUGGUUGCCAUGAUGUAGAACAGGUUUGGAUGCUCUGUCAAUCUGCUAAUUUAUAUAGGUUGAAACUCACAGGUCUAUACUACAAGCAGCUUAUCAAGCAAAAUCCCAUAUGUGACCAUGAGCUGAAACGGCUGGCUCACUUGUAAUGGUUAAUAUAUAAUGACUGCAAUCCGUAAAGCCGUCCAUCAAGAUUUAGGCAGUGCUCAUUGGAGCUCUUCACAACUGCUUGCACUCAUCCCAGCUGCUUUCUUUUCUAGGUUAUGGUGGGAUAUCGCUGGCAGUUGAAGGACCUAGCAAAGUUGAUAUCCAGACAGAAGAUCUAGAGGAUGGAACUUGCAGAGUUUCAUACUUUCCAACUGUACCUGGUGUCUACAUAGUAUCUACUAAGUUUGCUGAUGAGCACAUCCCAGGUAAGAGAAAAGAAGCCUAUGUAAGCCAGCUAUUGCUGGUCCACUUCCCCAUCAGCGCUGACCUCUUGUAAUAAGUGUAGAGUCUAUAGGACACCAUCUAGGCUUCCCACCAGGGCCUUCAUGUUCUGAAAAUGCCUGAAGAAGCUUGAUUGCUAAAUUUUGGAAGGCCGGAUAAUAAACGUCUUGCUCAUCUUGAAGAUGCUUUUGUUUGAGGGGUUGUCUCCUGCUGCAGUGUAACACUAAACUAGAAUAUUGGUUUGGUACAGGUGACUCUCGGCGUACAUGGGGGUUGCAUUCUAGGUUGUAGCUUGCAAAGCCAAAAUCAUGUAUAGUCAAAAUACAUUGGAGUCAUAGGUGGGUGGGAUUGCCAAAGCCUUUUUUUUCCUGGACACCUGCCCCGCCUUUAAUUUAUUUAAAAUUUGCGAAGCAUGUAAAGCUGAAUGUGUGUAAAUAGCAAGUUAAUCUGUGUAGGAAGAUGGGACUUUCUUGAUGGUCAUCGCUGAUAAGUCUUAUGCUUAAUGUGCUUAGUUAACAAUGCAGCGGUCCAGCCUCCCUCAGUGGGAAAGAAUUCUAAGAUGCUUGUGGAAAUAACUAUUAGUAGAUGAUACGUUACUUUAUUGCCUGUGAAAGUCUUGACGCUUCCUGUACUGAUAGAUGGAACUCAAUGUUGUUUUGUCUCUAUGAACUACAGGGAGCCCAUUCACAGUGAAAAUAAGUGGUGAAGGAAGGGUGAAGGAAAGCAUUACACGUACUCGGCGGGCUCCUUCUGUGGCCACAGUUGGAAGCUUGUGUGAUCUUAACUUAAAAAUUCCAGGUAAGUUAGUUCUACUAAUACAUUUACUGUUUUGGAAACCAUAAACCAAUAAGUCAUUGAAUCUUCUGGGCAUUCUUUGCAAUCAGAUUUAAAAAUGGAAUGUUAUCCAAAUACUUCUAGAGAUCAGGGAAGGCAUUCUUAUUUAGAUCGGGGCUUUGUAUGGUAGGACUCACGCCCAUUUCUUUCUAGGCCCCAUGAAGCAACAGUGGCAUUUAAAUUUUGCUUUCCAGCACAUCACCCACUGACUCAGUUCUAAUAACAAGUGAUCUGGUUCACAUGUAAUGCUAAGCCAAACCUGGACUUAAGGUGAAUACACAGGCUAUUCAAAAUGAUAUCAUUAUUUUUGCCUCUUAGACCUUCCUCCUGCUGCCAGUCUACUUGAGUCUAAGCCACAAUUUGACUUAGCACAUGACUGAACCCAGAUUUGUUUUAUUAACCAAGGUUUUUUCCUGGUUUCACAGUUUAUGGUUUGUCUAGAGGAAACACGGGUGUUAUAAGUACGGGUGUUAGAAUGAUCACAGAAGUUUGUACUUGAGUCACUAAUGCUUGAGUUACCUUCAGCCGUAUUUUUGGAAGGGUAGGAGCGCAGUUGCUGCUAUAGAGAUCUGUAUCAUGUGGAUCUAACUGGGAGACACAUAAAAUAAUUGGUUGGUUAAAGAAUAAAUAUUCUUUAAAUACUAUCUUGUUCAUAGAAUGCACUAAUAUACAGAAUAUAUUCAGCAUGCUGCUUCAGUUUAAUGCAUAUUCUGACGUCUGUUUCUGUCUCUUUCUCUGCUGCUCUAAUCAAUCUUGGUCUUCCUGUCUUCUGUUCCUUUCUUUCCCCCUAUUGCCUUCUCAUAGUUACAUGGUUCCAAAUGGCUAUAUGUCUGGAGAGAUUGUCCCGUGUUUCACACCAGUUCAUUCCCACUUUGCUAUGUGUUGAGCAGAAGGAAAACUGCCAGACUCAAUUGGGAGAACCUUGGUGUCCUAGUUUCACAAAAAACCCAGCCAACAUCAGACAACAAUGUUUCCAAUCAGUCCUUCUAUGGGAUCUACAGAUGUAUUACAUACCUGGCUCCUUAGGGGUAGUGGGUACGUUGUAGUACUGAGGUUGUUUUAUAAUUGCAAUACAUACUUCAAUAAAAUCUGCUUUAAGGCACAAUGCAUGGCAAGUAAGCAGCAAAAGUAUUUGUUACGAAGACCUGUAACAAACCCUCAGUCAGUAAUGGAGCCUGUGGCCCUCCAGUUAUUGUUGAAUUCCAAUUCCUAUCAGUUCUUAGAAUGGGUGGUGUUCACUGCAUUAAAUCCAACUCUGUUCCCAAAUAAAAUUAGUUUCUUCUUCCUUUCCUUUCCUUUCCUUUCCUUUCCUUUCCUUUCCUUUGAGAGAACUUCAAAGAAUCUUAAGCACAACCCCUCCUGGACAUAUUUGUCUGUAACUUGGUAGAUUUGACCUCCUCUGUUGUGGAAGGAGUCUAUUAUGCCUGCAAAUUCCAUCCUCUUCUGUCAACAGGAAAAGGUGUUUUUUUUUUUACUUCCCAGUAGUUAUUGGUGUGGGGGAUGAAGUGGACUUAAGUUGGGUGAUUCAAUUCUUGAUUCAUUUGUCAAGUGCUUCAGAAAGAGGCAGACUGCUUUCUGAAUUGUGCACCUGCUGUAUACAUUGAUCAAGUAAACAUUCAAAAAAGGGGUGGGUGGGCUCAAAUUUAACUCAUCCCCCACACUUGAAUGCCUGUGACACAGUAUGAGUGCAGUUGAGGCUCUAUCCCAAUUCCAUAUUUUGCAAGAAAAGGGAGCGGCUUAAUAUGCUUAAAGCUUUUGAAAUAUUCUCUUUUAAUUUCAUUUCACUUCAAAAAUGGAUGGUGGGGGCUCAAAGAGCAAUGUAUUGAUUUCUCAUUACCAGCUGCAAGCUCUCUUAACUCUGCUUUCUGCAGUCAGUGGAGACACCGUGACUUGCUUGUCAAGGGUGGUGGGUGACAAAAUAACUGGAUUUGUGAAAAUUCUUGGUUUUUGAGGUGAACUGAUAAGUAUGUGCUCGUCCCUAAUAUAUAUAUAUCUGACACUCUGCAUGCACAGGUGAAUGCUUGGUAUGCACUCACUUAAUUGUCAGUUAUGUUUUGCUGGUUGCAGUUCUGGGCAGUUGAGUUCCAUCAGGUUCCCAGCAAAUGUCUGCCAGGUAAAAGUGUUUUGGUGUAUGAGCUAUAGACGAAUGUGCACUCAAGGGCCACUUUGCAUGUAAUGUUUGAGGGCAUUUCAAACAUCUGAAAGCAGCUGACUUUGGAACUUUCUAUAGAACCUCAGUUGUAUAGUCAACUAAACUUGGUGACUGGGUUUCCUAUGGGGAAGGUUUCAAAACAACUGAAAUACUGGGGAGCUCUGCCCUCGUGCACUGGGCAUUGUGUGACAGAGUAAGAUGUUUAGAAACCGAAUCUACCUGCUCCCCAUUAAUGGUCAGUUCCUUUCUUUUUUUUAGAAAUCGACAUUGGUGACAUGUCAGCUCGGGUCACUAGCCCAUCUGGGAGAAUGACAGAUGCAGAAAUAGUAGAGCAUGAUAAAAACACGUACUGUGUCCGCUUUGUACCACAAGAAAUGGGGGUCCAUAAUGUUGAUGUGAAAUACAGAGGACAGCAUGUGCCAGGCAGUCCAUUCCAGUUUACCGUUGGGCCGCUUGGUGAAGGAGGGGCCAAUAAGGUCAGAGCUGGUGGUCCAGGACUUGAAAGAGCAGAGGCAGGCAUCCCAGGUAAGACCUUCACUAAAUUCCAUCUGAAUACAUGGGCAUGGGUCUAAGGCCUUGCAGUGAGAAGGGACGAUAGCUGUAAUCUUAGAAAAGGGUGCUUACAUCUUGUAACACUAGAACACAUUUCUGGAGGCCUAGUGACCCUGCCUUGUGUUGCAGAGCCCCAUAUCACAAAGGGAUUGGAGGGUCACUUGCCUGCUUCUAAUUCCUGGGUGGUGGUUGUUGUUGUUAACAGCUGAGUUCAGCAUCUGGACAAGGGAAGCUGGAGCUGGAGGUCUUUCCAUUGCAGUAGAAGGACCAAGUAAGGCAGAAAUUGCUUUUGAAGACCAUAAAGAUGGAUCGUGUGGUGUAUCAUACACUGCUCAAGAGCCUGGUAUGGAUAUCUUAAGUAUUAGCAAGUUGAAAUGAAGCAAAACACCACAAAAACAAUUCCUCCUUGCUUAGCAAAGUUCUUAUUUCUUCCAGGUAACUACGAGGUGUCCAUCAAAUUCAACGAUGAGCAUAUUCCGGAAAGCCCUUACCUGGUUCCUGUGAUUGCUCCUUCCGAUGAUGCUCGUAGGCUCACUGUUAUGAGCCUUCAGGUGAGACAUAAGGAAGCAUCUCCCAUAGCCUACCACAAGCUGAUACCAUCCUUGUGCUCAAGCUCCUUAAAAUUAUUACUUGCUCACUAGCUACACUUCUUCAGAGGAAAUCCCUUGGCACGCAUGUAGGCCUUCCAAGUUAGGAAACAGCAUCUGAAAAGGGGCGACUCUUCCCUAGUGCUAUUCAGCUAACGAACAACUGUGGCCUCCAUUCUCCCCGCACAGUGGCACUAAGCAGUUCUAUAAACCUUGCUGUUAAUUUUCUCACAAGGUUUGUCUAUGUAUGACAGCGUUCAGCAAUGAAGCAAUACUAAGUAGGGUAAGUUGGCUUGCAUGAUUGCAUGCUGACAAGGCAGUUAGGCUAACAUGCAACAUUUCUGCUUGGUGUAUGCUCCCAGAAUGCACAUGGUUGAACAAAUGAGGCUCUGGGGUGAGUACAGAGCAGUAAUUCACACAUGUGCAGAUGUUGCAAAACCACAAGCUUGUACUUUAAAUGAUUCUUAAACAGCAGCCAAAGUCAGAGUGGAUUCCAGACUUCUAGCUGCUUGAGUUUGUACAUAGUCCUGACUUUCUCGUGGUGUGCAUCUAGCAACAUUUUAAAGUGACUGUCUUUAAUCUAAAAUAAGAAGCCUGGAAGUUUCAGACUGAGCGUCAUCCAGCCCAUCAUGUAUAGAUUUGCUGCAGCUUGAAGCAGCAGUAUUGGUUAAAUUGCACUGCUUUUCAGAACUAUGGUUUUAUAGACUGACAUUUGGUGUAACUUUCUAGCCAGAGCUGAACUUAAAACAAGGAGUUACAAGGACGAUAAUUAGCUGCUGUGGUACUGAUGUUUUUCUUGUGUUUCAUUUAAAGACUCUUGACAGAAUGUGUGGUGUCAACUGACUUAAACCCUGAAGAGGGAAAUAAAACUGAUGUUUUUUUGGGGGGAGGAGUAAUCUUUUUACAAAAGAUGCAUUUUGGCACUCCAUAAAAAACUUCCUUGGUGUAUUUUAGCUGCCUGUUUCAGUUUAUUUCUCUCUUGAGGAUAAAACUGUUAAGUGGAAAUUAAGGUAAGCUCUGCACUGAAAGCAAAAGCGCAGCAUUCCAGCAACCCUCCCCCCAAUGGAACUUCAAUUUUCCAGUGGCUGGGGGCGGGAAUCACACAUGCAUAACACCAGGAGACUCUGGAUUUUUGUAUAUGUGGUGACCGCUACUGGGGAGCAGGUGUGCACUGAUAUAUGCUUUUGGUUCCACCUUUGCUGGUGUGUUAACAGAAAUCUCCAAAACGUUGUAUUUGUUGGCAUAGGGUGAAACAUGCUUUGCUUAAUCAGAAAGCUCCAGGCUUAAUUCUAGAUGCAAUAUGGAAAUUUGUUUUUGGCAGCAUGUUAAUGAGUUAGCCACACUAUUAGGAAAAGAGAUUUCAAGUGAUUUUGGGAGUAUAGCAAAGCAAAUUUAGCCCAGACAACCAUAAAGAUUUGGGCAGCACAAGUAUUUUGUUUUAAAGCUAAUGCAUUUGAUGAUUUUUGGGCCGGCAUCCUACAUUUGUAGCAAAAUGAUGACCUUGCAUACUUAUAGUCAGACCAGAAAAAAGUGUGUGGGUAGACAAACUUAACCAAGCCCACACUUUGGGAAUAUAUUGUACUGCUGUUCAUCAUAUAAUUUUAUUUAUACCCCGCCCUCCCCGGCCAGAACCGGGCUCAGGGCGGCUAACACCAAUAAAAUUACAAUAAAACAUAAUGGGGGGAGGGAAACAACAGUUAAGUAAAAUAUGGGUUAAAAUACUAUUUAAAAUGCAGCCUCAUUUUAGUAGUACCCCAUAAAUCAAAACCAUAAGGGGAGGGAAACAUAAGGGUCAGACUGAGUCCAAACCAAAGGCCAGGCGGAACUGCUCUGUCUUGCAGGCCCUGCGGAAAGAUGUCAAGUCCCCCAGGGCCCUAGUCUCUUGUGACAGAGCGGUCCACCAAGUCGGGGCCAGUACUGAAAAGGCCCUGGCCCCAGUUGAGACCAAUCUAACCACCUUGCGGCUCAGGAGCUCCAAAGUGUUGUUAUUUGUGGACCUUAAAGUCCUCCACGGGGCAUACCAGGAGAAAAGAUCACAUCACUUGGUGGUAUCUGGAAUCCUCAGAACUAAGAAGUUAAAAAUAAAAAAUAUUCCUAGUUUUAAGACAUGAGAAUACUCAGUUGAGAAAAGCAUAACACAUAGCAGGGUUAGGGGUGCUUGUGUCCUUGUCAGACACAUUUUUGUAAAUAAUGAGACUGAUAAUGUUUUUCCACAAUCAUAACAUCUAUGAUGCAAUAACAGGGCUACCAUGUGUCAAAUAUUGGUUCUGUGUUAGACAAAAUAUGCAAAGCUGCUGCUAUAUUUCGGAGGCAGUAAAGGACUGAACUGUUAUAUAUUCCUUGCAAGCCAAAUGUCAAUAUGUAUGUGAGGACCUUCCUAUUGCAUUGUUAGGAGUCUGGGUUGAAGGUUAACCAGCCAGCAUCCUUCGCUAUAAGGCUUAACGGGGCAAAGGGCAAGAUUGACGCUAAAGUGCAUAGCCCAAUUGGAGCCGUAGAAGAAUGCCAUGUUUCUGAAUUGGAGCAAGGUAAGGAUGUGUCGUAAACUUGGUACUCAAAACUGCUUUAAAUAUGUGAACAGUCAAAAUGGUUGUAAUAAUUAAACAGGAGGUGGCCAUUUCAGUUCAUGCCAGUAUGGAAACAUGUUCAACAGUGAUUGGAUGCUUAUUGUACAAAGGACUGUGUUCCACAAAGGAGUUUAGUACUACUUCCUUGGUGGUAAAAGGAAAAAAGGAACUACUGAACAAAAUACUUCCGCAUAACCCAUUUUAAGGCUAAUUGGCAUGUGCGCUUUACCACAACCCCAGUUGUUGUUGUUGUUUGUUUGUGCAGAGAGGAAGUCCUCCUGUGAACAGAGGUGUGCAUGAGGUUGCAUGUGCUAAUAGCUCAGUUGAAUGGCUGCAUAUGCAUCUUUCUGCACAGUAGAGAGAUUGCUUCACAACUUUUAGCUGAAUUGUGGACCAAGGAAACGUUAUAAGCCUACAUUGGGCACGUACCUGUAGAUCAGGCUUCCUCAACCUCGGCCCUCCAGAUGUUUUGAGACUACAAUUCCCAUCAUCCCUGACCACUGGUCCUGUUAGCUAGGUAUUAUGGGAGUUGUAGGCCAAAAACAUCUGGAGGGCUGAGGUUGAGAAAGCCUGCUGUAGAUAUUUCAACUCUAGCUACCUGACAUGGCUCCUGUCUUUCCAUCCUGCCCUAUACAUUUUCAUUAACUUUCUCCCUUCAUCCUUCACUUUUGAAAAUACAUGGUAUACCUGUAGGCUGAUUCCAACAGGGUCUCAUCUGAUGCUGGUGCCAAUUUGUUUAAAUUGGCCUUACAUUUUUGAUAGCCAUUUCUAGCUACUUUUAACUAUGCAGAUCUACCGUUCUAUUAUUCUAUGUUUCCCAGACAGUUUUCAGACUAGUUGCUGAUUCAAAGGAACAAGCUAUACUCGAUUGUGCUGCAAUUAUAAUAUUUGCUGUAGAAUAAAGAAAUGCAGUUUUCUGCCAGUGCAAGUGGAUAACCAUUUUGCAGCACGCUGGUGGUUAAAGCAAUAAGAACGGAUUUUAAAGUGACAGCUCCAACUCCUAUGCAUGUUCUCCACAUGAGGAUUGCAUUUCAGAGGCUUUGCUUCUCCUCAGGCAUGUUUCAUGUGCCACCUUCCCAUGGCCCAGGCAUGUGAGUCAUAGAAAUCUGGCGCAAUAGUUUUAGAUGCUGUGUGCCCUUCUUUUUAACAUCCAGUUCUCAACCUAAAUUUAUGAUGAUUUGCCUGUAUAUGUAUUGCAGAUAAAUACGCUGUUCGGUUCAUCCCGCGUGAAAACGGCAUUCAUUCUAUUGAUGUGAAGUUCAACGGUAGCCAUGUGGUAGGCAGUCCUUUUAAAGUUAGAGUCGGGGAACCAGGUCAAGCUGAUAGCCCAGCUCUUGUCACCGCCUACGGGCCAGGCCUUGAGAGUGGCGUAACAGGUGAGAAGUUUCCUCUUUCUGUGUUAGAAUUCUGAAAAAUAGGAUGGUCUUGACCCAGAGAUUGCCUUUGUCUCACUAGCUAACACUCUUCUGUCCAGUGUGCACAGUUGGGCUAUACCUUUAAUACGCUCAGCCAAUAUGUUUCAAAAUGGGUGGUGGUUUCGGUUAUUUCAGUUAAAACAGGGAAAAGCUAAUAUGCAAGAAAAUGCAGAAAUGGAUGCUGAACUGAUUUGAACAAUUCAGUUUAGCAGUUUAUCACAUGGUCGCAUCAUUCCUGGCCAUUGGUCAUGUUGGCUGGGGUUGUUGGGAGUUCUACAACAUCAGUGGAAGCACAGGCUCUCCAUCUCUAGCCUAUGUGGUUUUCAGUGGGUCACAUGGGAGUAGUGCUUGUUUAUAUCUCCCGAGGCCCUUGGAGGGAGAAAUUAACUGAAAUUCGACAGAUGAGUUGUCAGUAUUACCAGCAACAUACCCAUUCGCCAGCGCUGAUGCUUAACAUUUUGGGCUGGGUCCUUGCUAUUGAUCAAGCUGUAAUGGAUUCCACACAGCCAAACAUUACUUACUGAUGGUCUGGCUGCACUUAGGACUCAGCUAUACAGCUGCAAAUAAAACAUUGUACAAUGGGAGCCUUAUGGAAAAUUCAAUGUAUUUUUAAAAACGCUUUAAAGGAAAGCAUUUUCAGAACAUUUUUAUAUGUGUGUAGAUUCCACCUUAGAAGAAGCAUUCAUCAAUUGUUCUGGGUUUUGUUUUGCUUUUUGCUUGUCUUCACACACUUGCCCAGGCAUCUCCAACCUUCAGCCCUCCAGAUGUUUUGGACUACAGUUCCCAUCAUCCCUGACCACUAGUCCUGUUAGCUAGGGAUCAUGGGAGUUGUAGGCCAAAACAUCUGGAGGGCCGCAGGUUGGGGGUGCCUGCACUUGCCUGUGCAGCAGCAUGGGAAAGUGUGAAAUUUGUGAUCGCAAGGCAUCAAAGAAAGGGCUGCUUUUAUUAGGAGGUGGGACAAGUUUUUUCUAAAUCUUUUGGAGUAUUUGGCUUUUUUGAUGGAUUAGUGAUCGUGACUCACUUUGGGUAUUUCUUGAGAAAGUGGUCUGGGUUUUUUAUUAUUAUUAAAAAAAUACACAAUUUGCAAUGGCAGAUUGUUGCGGGGUGGGAGGCUGUAUCUAUGACAUAUACUUGGCAAACAAGAUUGCUGCAUGAAAGUGUGAAGUGACAAACAGUCUUGGAACUCAUGCUUCCUAUUUCUCCUUUGCUUUCCAGGGUUACAAUCGGCAUUUACUAUAGACACCACCAAAGCAGGCCCUGGAACCCUUGCUGUUACAAUCGAGGGGCCGUCAAAGGUGAAAAUGGAUUGUCAAGAAGCUCUGGAGGGCUACCAUGUAAUGUACACACCUAUGGCCCCAGGGAACUACUUAAUUGGAAUUAAAUACGGAGGGCCCAAUCACAUAGCUGGCAGCCCUUUCAAAGCAAAAGUGACAGGUAAGACUCAUGAGCCAGUAUUACCUACCUGGUUGUGUUCUCAGCGGGAGGGUGGGUGCAGAGAGAUGGACUUUCCCAAGGUGGCACAGUGUCUUUGACUUGACUGGCAUCUAGUUGACGGUAGCCAUUGAGCUCUUUCACUUAGCAGCAGGGGUACUGCCACACUGUUUAAACUGUGCUCUGGUUAUCUUGCUCUGUAGGCCAGCGGCUGGUUAGCCCAGGUGUGUCCAAUGAAACAUCCUCCAUCAUGGUGGAAUCUGUGACCAGGUCAACAACGGAUACCUGCUAUAGUGCCAUUCCCAGAUCGUCAUCUGAUGCAAGCAGAGUGAUCUCCACGGGAGCAGGGCUCUCUAGAGCUUUCGUGGGCCAGAAAAACACAUUUUCUGUCGACUGCAGCAAAGCUGGUAACUUCCUUUUAAAAAAUAAUAAUAAAUGUGGGUUUCUGUUACUGGUCUAGUGACCAAAGACCUGAGCUUCUCCACCUUCUAAGUGUCCACUAAAUCUUUAGUGCCGCUUUCACCCCAGAGAAAAGUAUUCAGUUGCCAUUGGCAGUGGAAUGUUGGAUCUCCCACCGCUUUACAAAGCAUUUAAGAGCAUCUAAAGCAGGCUUUCCCAAACUUGGGUCUCCCGUCUGUUUUUGGACUACAACUUCCAUCUUCCCUAGCUAGCAGGUCAGGGACGAUGGGAUUUGUAGUCCAAAAACAGCUGGAGACGCAAGUUUGGGAAAGCCUGAUCUAAAGAUGAACUGCUAAGAAAAGAACUAGAAUUCUUUGUCUUGCACAGGAGUCAGCAAGGUUUAUUUGAUGAAUUUUGCCCAGUGCUUUUUCAUCUGCAGAAAUACCUUGCCCUGCAAAUAGCAUUAUCCUCCAUGAGCAGCAUGCUAUUAAAGACUACUGACCGUAAUGGCUGUGUUCCACUGUGGGAGGCAGUAUGUCUCUGGACCCAAGUACGGGACUUUCAAAUGGGGACAGUGCUGUGAAUUCAGAUUCUGCAUCCCAACUUCCCAUAGGCACCUGUUUGGCAAAAACAGGGCGCUGGAUUAAGUGAGCCUUUGGCCUGAUCACGCAAGGCUCUUAACUUUGAGUCUGAUUGGUCAAAAUAUUUAGGAAAACUGGAUUGGAGCUGCUUGAAUUUGGGGUGUGGUAGUAACGCUCUUCAUUCUGCCUUAGGUUCAAAUAUGUUGUUAGUUGGUGUCCAUGGACCUACAACUCCUUGUGAAGAAGUAUCUGUGAAACACCUUGGGAACCAACAGUACGGUGUAAAGUACGUCGUCAAGGAGAAGGGUGACUAUAUUCUAGCUGUGAAGUGGGGUGAAGAACACAUUCCUGGAAGCCCCUUCCACGUUACAGUUCCCUAAGUUCGUAUUGUUUCAAAACAUUCAGCUCUGUUCAAGUGAAAUCUGAACAAUUCAAUACUGUGAGCAUUCCUGUGAGAAAUAGAGUAUACCUUCAUGUAUACAGAACACAUUUUUUAAUGCACCCCCAACUUAAAUUCUGCAACUUUUUAAAAGUGUUCUAUUUGUCUUAAGCAUCCCUCCUAUACAAAUGUAAACCAAUGUACCUUUCGGAUCGAUAUGCAAUCAUGUAACAAGGUCACUAUCCUUUUUGUGGAUUUUAGAAUUUACAGGUUAAACUGGAAUUUGUGUUCGAUAAUUGGGUAGCUUAAACUACUGACUUUUGAUGGACAUUUUUUAGACUGGAAACUUUUUAAAUUUAGCUGUAGAAAAUCACUUUGGCUAUUGCCAGUUAAAGUUCUUCUGUAAAGAAAAUGAGGUAAAACUGGUACUUACUGUGCCUUUUGUAUACUUGAUUUUUUUAAAAAAAACACACGUAACAUUGAAAACUCUCAAGCGUUACAGCUAAACACUAAAACACCAUAACAGAAAGCUUGGCUGUUUACAUUAGCAGAGAAUGAAAACUGCAAGGGGUAUCAAACCAUUCCUGGAAGUCUUUGCCUCUUUUGCUGUGUACAGUUACGAUGCUAGCUUACUUUAACCAUGAUUGUUGUGAUUGACAGGAUGCCAAAUUAGCUGAUAUUCUGCCACAGGUGCAUUUUGCUGACACACAGUAGGUGCAACAUGCAGGAACUCAGUUUCUCCCAAGCUUGUUUCUGCACUCAGUGUAAAAUUCAUGCUUGUGCAACUCACACCUUGGCUAUGCUAGAAAGACGUUUAUCUCCAGCACACGAGGCUCUUAGUUGAGUAACAAAAAGUAGCUUCUGACUUGCUCAUCGUGUCCCUGAUCAUGAUGAUGUGAAAACUAGCCUAGUCAGUCAGACAAUAUUAAGUGUACCUCUGAAUGUUUCUGCUAAUGGUGCGAGUUUAUUGAGCCUGUUCAUGCACAAAGUGUUUAUCCCCUUCAUUGUUUUGGGAUAAGGGAAUGAGCACAUGGCCAUUCCAGAUUUCAAAAGACAUUCCAGGUAUGCAACUAAUGGUUACUACAAAACUCCUGUGGCUUUUAGCAGAUUUUCUCUUUCUCAAAGAGCUUUAAAUGUGCCUAAUGGAAGAAGAGACUUGAUGGAAAUUUGUUCCCUCUGUUUAGAGAAAGAUUUCUACUUGGUCAGCUUUAUUUUUGUAGUAGUAUAUCAGUGCACUAAGUCCGAGCACAGCUUCUUGAAGGAGGAGCUAGAGUAACAAGACAUCCUUUUUUUCUCUUUCUCUUUUUACUGUGCUGUGUGCCUUAAUGUGAAAUGCUCACUACAUUGUAAACUAUAAGGAAAAGCAGAAUAAACUGGAAUAAUUGCAAGAUUGUAAUAUUGUAUCCCAUAACUUAUUAAAAACCAUGAAUGUUGGCUUCAUGAAAUAAAAUGUGCAUGUUAAAAACAAACUCAG